UGACCACGGUUAAUAUAGUGCGUUUUUAUUGGAUGUCCUCGAUAUGUAAGAUAACUAAUGUCGUAUUGACUUUUUUCGAGCGCUCAUUAAUUGUUGAAAACUCAUCAGGCACUCGUGACCUGUGCGUUCACAGACGUUUAUAUACCAAUUCCACUCAAUUGAACAAACUGUUUUUGUUAUUAUUAUUUUUUCUAACAGACAUCUUCUUUCUACACAUUUUCGACUUUUUUAUCCAUCACCAUUAUUCACUUUCCUAUAGACUUUUAUUUUGAAAAAAAGUUUCCAGCUAGAACGCGGGAUAUUAUGCUCUUCGACGAACCCAGAACUCAACAUUUUAACAAUCACAGAAAGGUAACAACUAUAAUAUUUUGUAACACUUGCCUAUCUAAUAAAUUGCAUUUUUUUUUUUUCUUUUAGAAUAUAAUUAUUUAUUAAAUUUAAUACUAAAUAGACAUAUAUGUAUAGGUAUAGGUUUAUAUCUAUUGACCAAUAAUUAUAUUCAAAAUAGUUGACUAUAAUAUUUUCACCUAUUGUUAAUAUUAAAAUACAUAUCGUAUUAUUAUUUAUUUUAUAAUCAAAAAAUGGUCACUGUCGUUACUUUAAUGGAAGUAAUAAUUCCCGUGUUUCAAAAAGUAAUACAUUAAUUUUACUCGAACACCGAAUAAUAUUAUACUUGUAUAAUUUCGAUAAGUACAUAGUGUUUUUUUUUUUUUUUUUUUUGGUACAUUAUAAAUAAUAUUAAAAUAUUUUUAAAUUGGUUAGUUACAACAAAAAAUAUAAUCAAAAAUUGUAUGCGAGAAAUAUAUAUAGUUUUAAACCAUAAAUCACGAGCAAACACCCAAGUCUAUAAUAGAAACAUAUGAUAUUUGUCGUUUAUUUAUUUGUCAAAAUGACAUAGUAAUGCUAGUUAAUACACGUAUUAUUUAUUAUUAUAGAAUAUUACUUCAUAAGCGGUAUAUUUUUUUGAUAGGUUAUAUAGAUUUCAUAUGGUAUACGUAGGUAUCCGUAUUCAAUUUUCCGAAUCAUUCAAUAGCUAGGUACACUCAAAUUGAAAUAUUGGUUUCUAAUCCGUUUUAUUUGAUACUAUAAAUAUAUAAUAAUAAUAAUAAUAUUGACUCGUAAUAUACGAUAUAUAAAAGUAUAUAUUAUAAUAUUUCGAUAAUGUAAUUUUUUAUGUACCAAAUACCUAGAGCAUAUCAUGAGGAGAUACGAAACAGAAGCAGUAAAAGUUGUAAUGAAUAGUCGUACAAUGAAUGAAGGCGAAAGGAAGACCGAAAAAUUAUAGAUACCAAACCUCUAUUUUAUCGUUCAAAUUUUAAAUAUUUAACUAUUGAAGAAAUUACAGAUAUUUCCGUAAAAUUCGCAAUAAACUCUAUGUAUACAGUUCGAAACAGUUCAAAUGUUCACAAUUUUUCGUCUGACGUGUUUUUCAAUAAAUACCUAAUUGGUUGAGUGCUCUAACCAGUGGCAUAUUUACGGAGAGAGAUUUAAUUUUUCGUAGGAAAAAUGAAAAAUUUGUUUUUUCAGUUAGGUUAUAAUAUAGUUAAUAAUGUUAAUUUAUCAAAAAAUAAAACAUGAACGUGUACAUUUUCUUGUUUAAGACAAAACCUAUAUCCAAACCACUGAAAUAUUAAGGCGAUUAAAUAAGUCCCUUUAAAUAGGAAAUCAAUUAAUAAUAAUUACCAAUCUAGGUAUGGUGUAUACAUAGAAUACGUUACUUACAAAAAUAUAUAAGUUAAAAAUUGUUCCUUUUUUUUUAGCUUAGGUACACGUUGGUACAAUUUUCAAAUUCAAUUUCUCUCUCCUCGGAAAAAUCCUAAAUAUGCUAUUAGCACGAACCCAUAGUCUUUUAUUUUAUUUUAAAUUUAUCACAUCGUUCAUAAGAAUUUUUUUAAGUAAUAAAAUAUAAAUUAUAAAAUUGUAUAGUAUUAACAUAUUAAUUAUACUCGUGUAUUUCGUAUACUUAUCAUAAUAUAGUCUUGUACUGCAAUUAUAUAAUAAAUCCGUAAAGCAAUAACUACACCACAAUAUAUGUCGUCGACAUUUCAACAACUAGUCCGCGGAAAAUUUUAAUAAAAUAGGUACCAACAAUAAAUAUACAUAACUUGCUGCUACAAAAUUAAUAAGCCACUAUAUUAUAGAAUCGCAUAGAAACACAAACAUAUACACCUAGCUCGAGAAAACCAAUUAAUAUCGUUUCGCAUUCAGAUUUUUAUCCGUGGGGAAACUUCAGAAAUAACUGCUAAUAUUUUAUGAAUUGAACCAUAAAUUAGUUUUGAAAACCAUCCCGUUAUGUAUACGAUAUAUUUUUCUACCGGACUAACAACUGAUCAUCAUUGAUUGCAGGCUGAUGAAAAAAGUACAAAAAAUAACAAGUUUCCAAUUCCCAAGUGUUUCUAUUCGAUCAUUUUUUGUUUUUUUUUUUGUUUGUUUCUUGAGUUUCAAAAACGUGAUUACGGGGGUAUAGUUUAAUAUUUAUAACGAGUUUCUAUAUAUUUUUUUUAGUGGUCAAUACAUUUUUCUAUACUUUUUCAGUACCCUAUCCAUUUGCAUUAUUAAUUACUUGUAUAUUCUCACUUUUAAGUAUAAUAAAAAUUAUUAUCCAGAGCAUAGUGGUCAAUGGACAUGUCCAGAAAUAAUGUAAUAUGUAUAAUUUUAGGUCUGCAGAACAGACAUAACGGCAUAUCGUUUACGAUUUUGGCGUUUCAUAUAUUAUUAAUUGUUAUCAUUCUCCGACGAAUUCGAAUUUACCUGCUGCUAAUUAUUUAUCAGGCUAACGCAAUUACUCCUGGCCAGUUUAUUUCAUUUUAUUUGUUUUAAAAGUAAAACCGUGUUUGUUUUGCAGCACUGUUUUAUGUUUACUUAUAUAAUUUCAUCGAAUGGUCAAUCUCCAGUUGAUAUCAAUCACUAAAGAUUAGUAAUUUUUGUAGAAGUUGUCAAAUGUUGAUAUAUAUAUAUAUAGGUACUUAAGUACUUAGGUAGUUAAAUAAUUUAUAAGUGAAAACUUUAAUAUAAUUUAUGGUACGCACAAGAUUUACUUAUAAUUGAUAUGAUGUACGGUAUGUUGUAGUAAGUAGUGAUAUGAAAAGCUUCAAAACCGAUUUGUAUUUUUGUAAUUUUUCGAAUAUUCAUCACAAUGAAAAAUUUCCACAUUUAAGAUUCUGAGCGAAGCGAUUUUAAAAUAUCCGGAGAGACUUGAAAUUUGAACAGAACACUAAUAUUUGCCUUUUCUAGACAUGGUCAAAUGUUCAAUAUAUUUUAGCUAUUUUUGAGCUAUUUAUAAAUAUUUUAAUUUUGCGAGUUUUUUACGUAAUUUUUAUUUGGUAGGUACCAAACAGAAAUGCUUAAAAAAUUUAACAAGAGGUUCAUUAUAAGUCGUACACCAUGGGUCACAUAUGUGACAUCACAAAAUAAAAAUUCAGUGUAAUGUAGAAUUUUUUUCAUAAGUAUUUUAAUAUCUAAUUUUGACGAAAAUCGUAAAUAUUACGGCAUUUUAAAAUAUAUAUAACCGAACUCCACCGGGAAUCAAUUUUCGUUUUUGUUCAAUCAUCGCGUAUACAUUAUAUUCCCUAUUUCUCAUCUACAAGAGUAGCCUUCUUGCGAAGUAUGUCAUUCUUUUUAAAUGCGACCUUUCUUUCAAAAAGUGAUAGAAUCAUGUUUUUUUUUUUUUUUUUCAAAAUUGACCUGAUCAUGGUUGCUGCAAAAUAGACAUUUAAAUUUUUAAGUUAUUGUUUUAUAAUUCUUAUGAAUUAUAAAGUAUUAUAAUUUAAAUUUAAAAAAAUCCUACAUCGUUGCAUUCGAAAAACGUACUUAGUAUUUAAAUGCAUAUGUUAACCAUGUUCAUUUUUGACUAUUUACUAGGUUUGAAAAAAAAAAAAAACCUAAGUAGAUAUCAUAUUAUUGUGCGUUCGAUAACUAUUCCCAAAUUAGAAAAUGUUGUUCACAUUUAUUAUUUACUAUAUCUACUUACAAUUAUAUUUUCCCGAGAAUUAAAAUGCGUCAUUAUAAAACUAAUAGCUCUUUCAACUUGCCUACCUAAAGUACAAAAAAAGGCAUUAUAUUUAUAUACCUAUAUAUUAUACUUUGAACUAUUAACUAACGAAGAAUUUCAAAAUAAAGGUUAAUAAAACAUCUGGAGUGACAUUUGCAUUAAAAACUCUACUGAUUUUACAGGCAGUACAAAUAUAUAAUAAAUUAGAGUUAUUAACUAUGUAAUACCUUCAAACAAGUUCAAAGUUCGUUAAAUUUGAGUUGUCAAAGCACAGAUUGAAAUACGUAAAAUCAGAGUGUAUAAAAUAAUAUACUCAGGGAAUAUUUAUACCUCUAUUAGGGAAAGUCGAAUUUCAGCGUAAAUGGUAAAAAAAAGACCCGAUACUACUAAUGGGUGUAUCACUAUUGAAGAUGAGAAAUCGGGAAAAUUGUUCAUAACUAUAAACCCGGAAAAUAUUAAUAUAAGUAUUUGGUGAAAACUGCAGGUCCUAUAUAAUGAAAUCAUUAUUUUCGUAAACUCAAGAGCGUCAUCUUAAUUUUUAAAUGGGGAUUGAAAAUUUUUAAUCAAGCCAAUUAUUCCCUUCACUAGACCAUUUAUCCAUUUCUUUUUUACUGAACUGAACAAAUAUUCGUAUUCCUACGAAAUAUCAUACAGAAAUAUUUCUUUUUAAAAAAAGUCUAAGAAAUUCAAAUUUAUGUCGGACAUCUAUUCAUUGUCAUUUUUUAAUUGACAUUACAGUAACUGAUACCACGGCCAUGUGAAGAAUUGACCAACGUAGAGGCGGCUAAUGGUUCGAUUAGAUUUUGUAUUUUACAUUUCAUUAAUGACGGCAAAAUUAUAACAUUUUACACGGGUCAAAACACAUUUAAAGAAGUAGGGUUGCCUAAUAGGUAUAUCCUGCAGAACCCUUCAAAUGAUGUUCCUGCGUAAACUUGGCCAUUUUACUUACGUUUAUCCUGGUUUUUCCCGAUUAUUAAAAAAAAAGAAUGACCACCCAAAUCACCAAUUAGAUAAUAAAGUCUACAAAGGAGAUCUCUUGUCUUUGAUUCGAGGAAGGUUUAGUCAUAGACAUAAAAAGACGUCAGAGGAUAAUGGGGUCGGGUGUAGCCACUGUUAUAAGAAAUUUAAUCUACACGCCUGGAAGCAACGAUAAAUCAUUGCUAACAAAAAAAAAAUACUUUCUCAGUCAAAUUUCCUUUUAGAAACAUUGCUAUCGUUAUAAGUUGGAGCAAAAUUGCUGGUAGAAAAAUUGUGUAUAGAAAAAAAAUUGCAAUAUAUUUCGUGCAUUUUCCCGUUUAGCCUCCGUUUUUUUUGUUUUUUCAAAUUUGAUGAGAAAACUCCUGAGAAAAUCGAAAAAUUAUCCUUAUGUAUCUUCCCAUACUGAUUUCCUUUCAUAAAAGAUGCUACAUAUACAAAUGUGAGCAAGUCUUCUGGUAGAAAAAUUGUGCGCAGAUUCUUUGUUAAACCAUAAGUUUCUUCGCUCUACUCAGAAUAUAACAAACAAUAAUUAUUGUCUUUGCUCGGUAAGGUUAUAUUCAUAUUAUAGGUAGACGUGGUGUGUUAGGUUUUUCAAUUUAAAUUUCCAACAAUAAGUAUAAAUAGUUGAUAUUAUUAGUUGAUUGGCAUCAGGAAGAAACGUGUAUUUCCGGCAUCUACAAUAUAUUUGAUUUGUUAAAAUUAAAAUCGUUUCUCUAUAAAUGUUCCAAAAUAUUUAUAAAAUGUAUUCGAUUAACAUAUUAAUACAAUGUAAAUUCCGAGCGUAACGAGGAAUAUGUAUUGGUUUUACAAUGAUGUUUAUUGUUUUUUUCUUGUGGACAACUUUUCUACCAUCAAUUUUGCUCUGAUUUUCUAGUGUGACACUGAAAGGAAAUCUGACUUGAGUGGUACUUUAUAGGGAGGUCAUUUUUUAAUUUUCCCAGAAUAAACCGGGAAAAACGAAAAAAUAGGUAAAAUAUUCAACAUAUAUUAAUAAAGAAAAUAUGUAAUGAAUAUGUAAACCAUAUUUUACCAUAAUAUGAUAUAUAUUAUUGUUAAAAAAGUAACACUGUUAACCCAGCUCCGCUUAGAAUCGUUUUCCAUUAGCAAUAUUGUGAAUCGUUGCGUACAGAUAUACAUUAAAUUUCCCCUCUACCUUGCCAGCUUCUCACCUACAAUAGUGGUCCGCCCAUUGUGCGAAGUAUGUCCGUCUUUUUUUAUUUUGUUUUUUUGUUUUAUUGUAACUUGUUUUUUUAUAAUAGCUGGUGCUAUAGCUAUGGUGUUUUAGAGCAUUCUUGUGAAGUUUCGAGGCAUAGCGUCGUAGUAUAAUUAUAUUAUUAUGUUAAGUUUGGGAGAACAAAAUUAUCUAUGUUGUUUUAGUGAAAUUAAAAAUAUACAUCUCUGCAUACCGCUUACAAUUGUUUUUGAACUUAAAACCCCGUAAAUCCGAAAUAUUCGAAUUUAUUUUUAAAGCUGAAAUAUUUUACCCCCUCCCUACGUGUUUGUGUAUUGUAUAAAAUACUAUGUUAUUUUAGAAGCUACCUAUAUAAAUUAUAUAAAAAUACACUUUUACAUAGAAUAUUUAAAAUUGUUUUUGAACUUAAAACCCCGAAAAUUCAAAAUAUUCGAAUUUAUUUUCAAAGCUGAAAUAUUUUACUCCCUACCCAUGUGUUUAUGCAUUGUAUAAAUUACUAUAUUAUUUUAGAGGCUAUGUAAAUUAUAUGAAAAUACACUUUUACAUAGAAUGUACGAAUAAAUAAUGAAAAGCACACUCUAUACGAGUAUUAUGAUAAUAUUUUGUAUAUUAUUCUAUAAUGUAUAUAUAAGUGUAUAUUAGGUACUUCUACAUUUUACAAGUCCAAAACGAGCUAUAACUAUUAAUAAAAUAAUGUAAUUGUUUAAAAAGAAUGUUAGUACUUAUUUUUGAACAAGAACAAAAUGCCACAUAAUAACAAAAUACAAAUACGUUUUCUUUUUUCUUUUUCUCUUAGUUUUAAUACGGUCUUAAACUUUUAUGAACGCCAGCAGUAUUUUCACGCCGCGCCGCCGCUGUCUUACUAUAUUAUAUUGUUAAUAAAUCAUUAAAUUCGAAAACUUCAAAUUAAAAUUAAGUUCAUAAGGUUUUGUUCGUUAGAGUUGUUCUAUGCACUAGCCGCUAAUAAUAAAAUAAUAAUAAUGAAAAUAAAAUAUUAUUGGAAUUCUUUAAUCUAUGGUAUUUCUUAGUGUGUAGGUACUCAUAAAAAUUGUUUUUAUUUUUUUUUUAUUUAUCGUUAUUCACUCAAAGACAUCAAAGACCAUUAAAUAUUUGCAGUACACUUUUGUAAACCCGCAAUAAAUCGUUUCCUCAAUAUUUAAUUAACAAUUUUUAUUAAAAACAUAAAUAAUACAUUUUAAGAUUUAAGAUUUUUAAUAUGGACACUAAAAUUAUUAUAAUUUCAAUAUUUUCGUAUACAAAAAGUACAGAAAUAAUAAUGAUGAUAUUAUUUAUAAUUCAUAAAUUAAUUAUUAUACUACGGCGUAUAUACUAAGUACUUAUAAUAUAUACGGGGGCCAAAGUAUUGCGUCUCUGGAGUGUCCCCUUAAUUUUAACUGCGUUUAAAAGCGUCUUCAUUCAAACAAUUAUCAUUUAUUUAUUUUCGAGUUGUUCAUCAUGUUAGUUUUAUCAAAUGUUUUUCUGUUUAAUCAAAAUAAUAAUUAUUACACAGACGACAGAGCAGUUAGGUACUUGGUUCAAUUUGUUUUAUCAUGAAAGCGCGUCUACACUGCAGCAGUCGUCUGCGUCUGAAUGGUUGUAAUUAAAAUAUUCGCAGUGUACGCUCAUAAAUAUUAUUUAAAAUUGAUGAAAAGAUGGAAUUUUACUGAAAAAAAUUUGCAGAUUUAUUAUGAGUUAAAAGAGGUAUACAUAAAAAAAAAAACGUUAGACGUAGAUUUAAAACGGAAAUUUGUUCAAUUAUCAAUGUUUUACUUGUUAAACCUACGACUACGAUAGGUAUACCCAAAAAUAAUUAAAGAGAUCUCAUAGGUACAGUUUUUGUUAUAUUUUAUUUAUCGCAUUAAGCUAAAUUUAAACCCAAGUGUUAUUUUGAAAAUGGAAAAUGACGGACAAACGUACAUAACAAUAUUAUACCUGUCACACCUCAGUUUUCCGGACUCUUCGGUAUUAAUUUAAUAAUAUAUUAUUCCGAGUGGAUGUUAUUUAUUUUUUUUUUUUUAAUUUGUUUAAUAUAUAAUCCUGCAGCAGAAGAGCUUUAGUUGUAUAGAAAACAUAAUUCUGGCGAUUAAUAUACACAAUGCGAUAAGAUAAGGUAAAUAAAUUUAUUACGCGAGUGCCUAUGCGUUAUAUAAAACCGAGUGAAUAAAAUAAAAUAUUUUUUUUAAGUAAUAUUUUAUCACCGCUAAACAAAAUGUCCAACGAAUUUAGAUAGGUACCAAACACCAGCUUGAUUCCCUAUAUUAUUUAAUAGUUAUAGGUGCAAUACACAAAUUAUAAUUUUUUACAGAUUAUUACUAAAGACAUUUUUUUUUUUUAGUCACGAAGACUUCUCUCUCUUUUUUUUUUUUUAAUAAAAAGUAUCAUCUUUCAUUUUUCAAUUAGUAUAUAGCAAUCUAUAUAAUUUGAAUUGCAUAACAUGUUCUCAAUAUUGAUUUAAUAUCAGGCGCACAUCACGAGUUACAAUAUUAUUUUAAAUUUAGAUAAGAUAUUUACAUAUAUUAUGUAUAGAUGGUUGCAAUCUGAAAAUAGGUGUAUAGGUACCUAUAAUGAAAUGUACACAUCACUCCACAUUAUUCUACGAGCCUAUAACCAUUAAAUUAUUAUAUUUAUUUACAUAUUUCGUUUGUCAAAUAAAACAUUAAUGUAAUAUUUUUAUCGGCGAAUAUUAUAAAAAAAUAAUGGUUCGUUAGAAAAUAUGAAAUAGAUACCUACCUUUAUACUACUGAAAUUAUUGAUUGUCAAUAUCAAAUAAGAAAAACAAUAUUCUACAAUAAUAAUGACAAUGUAGUUAUUGAUUACAAAAAAUUAUGAGAUAUUUAGCAUUUAACUCGUUUAUACGGUUUCUUAAAUUCUGAGCGAACCGAGUUUUUCUACAAGGGUAUUUUUUUUUUAUAUUUAUACCUAAACGAUUUUUAUCAGAAAAAUGUUCCAAUCAAAAACUUUAUGAGCUUUCGUGUAACAUCUAAUUGGUUAUUUUUACAUCUGCCUGGGAAGGUUUCUUGAUGGGAAAAACUGAUAAGUUUUUAUAUAAUUUUUGUUGAUUUUUGCAGGAUUACUUUGGAGAGAAUCGAAAAAUACGACUAAUAAUACUCUGCUCGUUUUUUCUUAUAUAUGGUUUAUCGUUAUGUACGAAUAUAAAUUAAAUUCCAAUAUUUAUCAUCCCUUUUUACUUCCCUCCUAAAACAGUUGUACAGCAGUAUAUGUUAGUUUUUACAUUUUGGUUGUUUUAAUGAUGAUCAAAAAAAAAAGUACCCAUUCGUUGUCAAAUAAACCAUAAAAAGUCAUUCCAAUUUGGGAGUCAAUAUCAUUUUUGGGUAGUUAGGAUAAUUAUUUAUUUAUUUUUUAAUAAUUUUAGGAGGGGCUAAUUCCUACUACUAGCCCUCCCCAAUCUCCGCUAAGACGUUCAACACGAAUAUUUUACUCAUUAAGGAAGCCUACGGUACUUCAUCGAUACUCCAGUUUUUAUCGGUUUACGUUAUGACAAUUUGUAAUUUAUAUAUUCUGUUGUACUUAAACCGUUUUCAGUUGGGGCUCCCCGAUGCAUUUCACAAACUCGUACAACUAUUUAAAUUUAAAAUAACGUAUGCACAUUGUACAUAUUAUAAUGAUAUAUACGUACACAGGUAUCACAUCGGAUAAAAUCGAGAUUAUAGAGAUAACUUUUAUUUAAAAAACAAAAAAUAUAUAAAGAGGACUGCCUGUCUAUAGUUUUUUUUCUUUCAUAACAUAUACAAUAAUAAUAUGUCGUAUGCAAUACUAGGUGUACAUAUAUGACCGAAAAACUCACAAUAAUUUAUGUCGUACAUCUAUCUGCGCGACGUUAUUGUCAUUAUAUUCGUAUAUAUUUUAUAUUACGACAAUAAUAAUGUGUAAGUAAUAUACGUUUCCGAAAAAGUUUUCGAUUCGUAUCAACGCGGAAGCCGUAAGACUCGUGCGUAGGUAUACGGAAAUUUAAUACGUACCGAGAGAGGAAUUCUCUCGUGUCGAGCAUCUAUAGCUUUUUUUUUUUCGUAUUAUAUAAUAAUACCGAGUCGCAUAACGAAAAGGAAAAUAUACCUACCUAAUACCUAUACACUGCAGCAGAAUUCAUAUUUUUCUAGUUUGGCAUGACCGUGUUAGACACGGUUUCUUUUGCCUUUAACCGCGACAUUUUACCGACUCGAUUUAUCGUACAAUACACCUAUACUUAAAUUACAAACAAAUAUAUCAAACCCUUUCUAUCGUUCAGCUGAAACAUGCCGGUCCAAUUUAAUUUGCCUUUUUUUUUUUUUUUAAAAUACUUUUCGGAUUCAUGUACGGACUUGUGUCGGCGCUGUGCGAUUUCAUUGAACGCUAUCUUCUUCUCAAAGUACGUACACACAAUACAUAACAAUAAAUUCAUAGGCGCAACUAGCGGAGUACUGGGGGGUCUUUAGAAUUUCUGAGUUUAAAAUUAGCACCCCCAAAAAUACCCAAUAGUUUUUUUAUAGUUUGAUUAUAUUCGUAUGUAAAAAAUUUCAAAUAAAAUGUGUACAGUUGCUUAUUAUAAGUGCCGUUUAAAGGAAAUUGUGUGGGCAUUACCCCCGUGGGGGUCUGUAUUGUGUCUAUAAUUUUAGUACUCCCAAAGUUGGUGGUCUAGUUGCACCUAUGACAAUAAUAUCCUAACCUACUCACAAAUCGCUUCGUCGUUCGAGUAGAAUAAUAAUUGUUCCGUAUUAUCUGCGUAGGUACGAGCGACUCUAUAGCAGUAUAAUAAUAUAAUAUCAUAAUAUUGGUAGUACGCGGGUAUAAUGUAAAGCAGAGGUUCCCAAAGCGGUCUAUAUAGACCUCUGCAGGGGUUUAUUCUGGCCUGUAAGCGGACAAUUUUAUCGAGAAAAAAAAUUAGGGUCAUAUGAAAUGUGAAUAGGGUUAAUAAAUGGUAUCAGAGGGGGUUUACGAAAAACAGAAUAAAUUAGCAAGUGGUGUACGGGGAAAAAAAGUUUAGGAACUUCUGGUAUAGAUUAGUAUUAGGUGUACAUAGCGUACACCUAAUACUUGAUCGCAACAUAAUAUUAAUUUAGUAGGUACAAUAUUAUAUACCUACGUAUAUUAUUUUAAAUGCAGCGGUUAUGUAUAUGCACACGCGUUAGAUCAUCUCGUCUUCAAAGUACAAUAAUCUCGGUCUUCUUAACGCCGUGGUUAUCGUAAUAGUUCAUACCAGCUAUCCUGUAAUAUUAUAUACGACCGAAAUGUAAAUUUUAUACUAAAUUAUUAUUAGGUAUCUUUUACGUUUUAACCGCCGCGGUCGCGUCGGCCGUCGUCACCAGUAUUAUAAUAAGCACGAAUUAGGAUAUACAUGCAGGAUACACAACGAGCACUAAUCAGCUAUGAGAACUUUCAUCGUUCUUGAAUUGACAGGUAGCGCUUAAAGGUGGCAGUGGCGAGUUUUAUACUAGUAACAUGAUAUCCAUUAUCAAUAAAAUCGUAACGUGGAAUUCCGAAUUUGGGAUUUAUACAAAUUAGAUAAUAGGUAUAAUACUUUUAUUUUUAUUAUAUUUUUCAACACAAGAAGUAUGCAUAAGUAGUAUUUUUAUACAAAAUAAUAAAUAAUAUAUGUACCUAUAUUGUAGGUAUUCCUAACUAGUAAAUUAGUUAAUAACUAAUUUGGAUAGUUUUUUAGAUACUAAGCGUAACGAGGGAGCUAUUGGUUUUACUAAGAUGUUUAUUUUUUUUUCUUCUUUCUUUCUUCUAGUCUGUGGAAACGUUUUAUUCUAGUAAACUUGCUCCGAUUUUUACGUUUAGCAACUUUUCCGAAAGCUCAAGUUGUUUAGAUGGUACAUUAAACAGGCCAUUUUUGAUUUUCGACACCAUAUUUUAAAUAAAACACUUAAGUGGGAAAAAACGUAGGAAAACGGACAAUUUUACGAUUUCAUUAUUUUAUAAAAACACGGACGACGUUUUCUAUCAGAAAAAAUGAUUUAAUCGAAAAAUCACAAGUUGUGUUGUCUUUUUGAUUUACUUUCUUGUAUUACCAAACUGCGCUCUGAAUCGUCUUUUGUUAACGUAUGGUUUAUCGUUGCUUACAGAUAUAAAUGAAAUAACCUUAUGUAUCCUAUCUUCCCAACUUCUCAUCUAUAACAGUGGCCGCUCCCAUCUCCAGUAUCAGCUCUUUGUUUAACCUUAUUUUUACUUUUUAGUUGAGGGUUAGAAAAAUAAGUAUGUCGUCUCAUUUUUACUGUAAUAUAAGUAGUGAAUAUAUACUCAACCAUAUCAUUUUUGUGUUCAAAACACGGAAAUAGAAUGGAAGAGUUUGGAAAAUGACAUCUCAAUAAAUUUGUCUAAUAAGUUGGGAAUCGAAAAAAACCUUUAAAUUGACUAGUUGGAUAGUAUUGUAUUACAACUGUUUUCUGGAUCUUUUAUGCCCGAUAAACAAAUUUAACAAUUUGGUUUUUUCCUAAUUUUUCUUAUUAGGUAUCUAUGAAAUUAAAACAGUGAUAUUAUUUAGUUAACUUAAAAUAAAUCUACAUUAUUUAUUAGCAUAAAAUAUUUUAACACAAUACAAAUUACACUAUACACUCAAAAGUAGCAUUGCCAUUAAAAUUAUUUUCUUGAAAGAUGUUAUGACAUAAGAAAACUGUUUACGGAUCAAUUUGCUGCAUCAUACAAUUGGACUGGAGCAAAAAGAAAAAACCUUUACCAUGUUAAUACCUGUCUAAGAUUUUAUAAAAGCACCACAGAGUUAUUAAUAAUAACCCUAAUCGAUUUCAUCGUUCGUAUACAUUUGAUACGAUUUUCGACAAACAUCAUUAUAAUAUUGAAUCGGAUUCCUAAUAUGGUUGAUCAUCCAGUUUAAUGAGGAUCCUGUGGAUUACUGAUGUUUGUAGAUUCUGAACCCAUCGAGAAAUCUGAGUGUAGCACCUUUUCUGAAAAGAAAUCUGAUUGGGGUUGUCAUUUUAAAAGAUAAUUUUUAAUUUUCCUAAAGGUUUUCAUAAUAAAUGGGAAAAACCGGGAGAAAAGCGUAAGAAAACGGGAAAAUGUACGAAAUGCAUUAUUUUCAAAUCGUAAAGGUCUUUUAAAAAAUGUAUAAUCGAACUCCGUGCAGAAUCGUUUUUCGUUAGCAAAGAUACGUACAAAUAUACAUUAAAUUCCCCUUUAUAUCCACCUUCCCAACUUCUCACCUAAAACAGUACUCAUCGUGCGAAGUACGUCCGUAUUUUAAUAUUUUCUUUCUAAACCUUUUUGAUCAUUAUUGUAUUAACGAUAUAACAAAUAUUCAAUAUACCUAUCAUGCCUAUCUACUAAAAUAAAUAUUAUUAUUAUCUUUAAAACUUUAUUAUCGAAUUAUAACUUUUAAGUAUAUUCUAAUCAUAAAAAUAAGUACCUAUCUGUGAUUAAAAAAUAAGUCAAUAUAAUUUGUGAAAUAAUGGAGGUACUCAACAUUUUUUUUUUUAAGUGUUUUAAGUAAUUAUAUUAUUUUAAAGUGCUGCAGGAAUUUAAAAUGAUUUAUAUAUACAGGAUGUUCCACGAAGGUAUACCAAUCUCCUAAGAUAAUAAAGAUAAUUAAAUUCUGUUUGUUUUUUUUUAUGUUACUCACAAGGAUAAGAACUGAAAAUAUUUAUAUUUGAAUUAAAUGUUUAUAUUUUGGUAAAAUAACUAAACAAAUUACUUUUAUUUUAGAGUUUAUUCUUUUGAACAUUUUGACGUUUCAUCUUUUAUUUUCAUAAAAUUCGUGAUUUUAUUAACAAUUUUUAAAGUUUUAAGAAAGUUACGUUUAAUGUUAUACAGCAAGCUAUAAUCGUAUUCGCUAAUUGAUUAUUAUAACUAUGACUAAUUGACUGUACACUUUUUUCUCUGAACUUUAAAAAAUUAUUAAAAUUCAUGAAUUUAAUUACAAUAAAUAGUUGAUACGUCAAGAUUUUUUGAAGAAUCUUGUGUAACUAUAAAAUGGCUAUUUUUUAAAAAAAUAAUAUAAUUAAGUUUUUUUACCAAAACAUAAAAAAAUGUAUUGAAAUAUAAAUAUUUUUAGUUCUUAUAAAUGAGUAAUAUAAAAAAACAAAAUUUGAUUAUCUCCAUUAUCUUCGGAGAUAUUAAAAUGAGUAUAUUUUUGUGGAACACUCUGUAUAUGUUUAUACAUUAAAAACAAUACUAAGGUACUUAAAUACGUUAAUAUAAAUUAACGUAGGUUAUUUUUUAUUCGUGUAGCUUAAUUAUAUUAUUGAGUGAGAUAUUUAAAACAAAUCUAAAUCAAUCAAUUAGGUAACAUUUUAAAUUCUGAGUGGAGCGAAGCUUAUGAUUUUACAAAGAUGUUUACAUUUCUAUUUUCUGUGUACAACUUUUUUACAAGAGAACUUACUCUGAUUUUUAUGUGUAGCACUUUUUCUGAAAGGAAAUCAGUGUAAGGAGGUAUUUUAAACAGGACAGGUCAUUUUUCGAUUUUCUCAAGAGUUUUCUCAUCGAAUAAGAAAAAGCAAAAUGUACGAAAUAUAAUUGUAAAAUAUUACCAUCUUAUCUUUCUGUAGACAACUAGGGAGGUACUUUAGAAAGGUCAUUUUUAAAUUAUCUCCGGAGUAAAUGUGAAAAACUGGGAAAAAACAUGGGAAAACCGGGAAAAACGUAGACAAAUUGAAGAAAUCGGUACAACAUUAAACAAAUACUAUACAGAGCUAAAAUAUAAAUAAAAUAAAUAGAGCUUGUUCAAUUAUUUUACUAUAAUAUGGCAUAAAUAUUGUUGACAAAGCCUCACUAUCAACUGAACUCUGCUCAGGAUAGUUUAUUCGGAAGCAAUGGUUUAUCGUUACUUAUAGGUAUACAUUAAAUUACCCAUUACAGUGGCUGCACCCGUCCCCAUUAUCCUAGAACGUCUUUUUUUUUUUUUUUUUACAUAAAACCGAGGUUCUUUAAGAAUAAUCUAAAUAAUAAAAUAAUAUUAAUUAUGAACGAGUUCAAAGUAAAGAAACCCCUGCUGCACACUGCUCCGCGUGUUCAAACACGAAUAUAUUGUACCGUGUACCUAAUAAAUAAGUAAUUAACCGGUCUAGUAUAUUAUAAUAAUAUUAAAAUAUGCUCAAUACUUAUGUAUUAUAAUAUUAUUAAUUAGCGAGUUGAUAUUAAACGGUCUAACCGCAAAAUAUUAUAAUAUUAAAACGAUUCGUAGAAUCGUUUUUAUAGUCUUUUUUCGUAAAAUAUUAUCAUAUUGGAGUUUUCCAAUACGUGACGAAAACUCCAAAUAAUAACAGACUUUAUAAUAUUAUUAUUAUUUUUAUUGCGUGGGUUUAAUCUCUUCGGUUCAAAUAUUGAUAAUACUAUACAUUACUACGGCGCAUACACGCGAACACAAAUAUAAUCUAUGUGGGUGACCAGAGACGUAUUUGAGGGGGCCACGAAGGGCUCUGGCUGGGUCCCGGGGUGGAAAGUUUUAGGGGCGAUCAAUUCUGGAGACCGUUUCGAUAGAUGGUAUUUGGAAAUAAUAUUAUCGUUUAUUAUUAAAUUAUGUAAUUUUAAGAGAAUUGGUGAUUGGUUGAAAGCGGUUCCGUAUCGUUUUUCAAUUGGAGCAAUAUUUCUGGUAGAAAACUGGAAUCACAAAAAUUAAAAACGCCGUGGCGCACCGUAAAUAUUUGCCGUUUUACUUAUAGUUUUUUUUCGGGAUUUUCUAAAUUAUUUUGAAAAUCAAAGAAAAAUGACCUCUCUAAUGCACCAACCAGACAACAUUUUCUUUCGGAAAAAGUACUAUACUUUACGCACCAGAGUAAGAUUUCUUUUCGAUAAGUUAUUUACAGAAAGAAAAACAAAACACAUAAUAUCAUAGUAAAAUCAAUAGAACCCUAGCUACGCUCCGAAUAUAAAAGAUCAGACAAAUUGGUCAGUCCAUUUUCAAGUUUCGGCCCAGUGUCGGGCAUAACCGUUUUGGACCAAAAUCGUACUCUUCCCUUUUUGGCCGAUUCAUUUUCCGGCCAAAUUUUGAAAAGGUCAAUUCUCUUUUCGACCAAACCAAAAAUAUAUGGGUAAGAAAGAUAGUCUAUAACAAUAGUAUAAGAAAAUACGAAUAUCCAUUUUCAGAAAAAAACCUUAGGUACCUAUUCGUUUUCAAAAGUCUUCGAUAUUCGCUGAACAGUAAAACUAGUUUUGGUUGGGCACAAAUAAAAGUACCUAUUAUGAAAUGUAUAGAGAACAAUAUUUUGCUGAGAAUGUCAUACAGGGUUUUUGUAUUAUUCAAAAUAUACAGCUCAAUAUAAAAGAUAAAAACCUUUUUUUUUUUUUUUUGUUUUUUAAAUAACUGUAAUUUUUUUAAUAGUUUAUAAUUUAAAAAACCUUGAAAUUUGUUUUUUUCGAAGCAAUAAAACACGUGUGUCUAUAAUAUCAGUUCAUUAACAAACGGAUGGUCAAAUAAACUCACCUGUUACUGUAGAGCUGCAUAAUAAUAAAUAAUACUGUCUCGGUCCAACAACAAUAAUUAAUAUUAAUUAAUUUUAAUAACGUAAAAUUCCCGUUCGCUAUUGAAGUCUAGACUCUAAUAAAUAAUGUUUAUUUCCAAGCAAGGAUAAUAAAAAUAAUAUACUUAAUAAUAAUAUUACAGAAUAACACAUCUCGCAACAAUUUCGAAGAACUCUAUUUAAUUUUUUUUGAUAUAAAUUGAUAUUGUAAGUGGCUUAUACUUUUUUCCGUAUAGUUAUAUUAUUUCUGUACGACAAAUAUAUUUUUUCUUUAUCGCUGUCACCAUUGUAUUGGCGUGUCUCUCUCUCUCUCGCUCUCUCUCUCUCUUGUCUCGGUUUACACAUAUACCUAUACGAAAUAAAUCUUAUUACAUUUUUAUUGUAGAUUCCGAGCGUAGCGAGGGAGCUAUUGGUUUUUCAAUGCUGUUUUUUUCUUCUUUUUCUUUUUUUUUUCUUCUAGUCUGUGGACACGUUUUUUUUCCUAAUAAACUUGCUUCAAUUUUUACGCGUAGCAACUUUUCUGAAAGCUCAAUUUAUCUAUAUGGUACUUUAGAAAAAUAAUUAUUUGAUUUUCGACGCCAUGUUUUAAAUAAAAGCACUUAAGUGGAAAAAAACGUAGGAAAACCUACAAUUUUACGAUUUCAUUAUUCUAUAAAAACACAGACGACGUUUUCUACCAGAAAAAUUAUUUAAUCGAAAAAUCACAUGAUGCCUUUUUUGUUACCUUUUUGGUUUAAUUUCUUAGGGUGUCAUUUCCAAAACUUUUGAGCCACUAUUAAGCUUUUAAGAAAUUUUUAUUUUUGGUAGUUUUUUUUGCUGUAAUUCGAUUAUAAAUACACGUAGAGACUUGAAACUUGGUAAUAAUAGUUAUAUUGGAGUUACUUAAACGUGGUCAAAUUUCCAAAAUUAUCGGACAACUUAUUUUUUUUAAUAAGCGUUUUGAAAUCAAAUUUAAAAGAAAAUUGCAAAAAAAAUACAUUUCAAAUCGUGUACUGUCGAACUGCGCUCGGAAUCGUUUUUCGCCAAGCAAUGAUUUAUCGUUGCUUACAGAUAUAAAUGAAAUAACCUUACGUAUUCUAAUUUUCCCAACUUCUCACCUACAACAGUGGCCGCUCCCAUCCCCAGUAUCAGCUCAUUUUAUUUUCGUUCUACUAGUGUCCCGACUGCGUUAACAAUUUUUUAAUUACCUAUAUUGGUACAGGAAACAUGUAUUACUUUUUUUUUUUUUUGUUAACAACUUUGCAAAAUGAAUAGUUUUGAAAAAAAAUAUUUAUUUAAAAGAGUAGAAAUGCAGUGGAUAUUCGCUAAAAAAAAUUCUAUAAAAAAAACCCUAUGUUUUAAAAUUACUCGAAAAAAAAAAAAAUGUUUUCCGCAUGACAAAAUAUUGUUCGCCCUGUCCCCCGUGGCCCACUAGCCUAUCCCGCAUUAUACCACUUCCACUAUAUACGCCAUUCAGUACGAUUGAACAUAGAUAAUAAUAUUAUUAUACUCAAGUACGACACGAUAUUUUACGAAUAAACAUCCCCGCGGUGGUUAUAUUUGUCGUAACAUUUUGAUUUAAUUAGCAUUAUAAUUCUAAGGAAUAACACAACAAUAUGAGCAGUACUGACAGUAGCAUAAACCACACAUUAUACACCCAGACGUUUUCACUUGGUGAUAUCGCAAAACAAACACAUUACUCUGCCACAUUUUUCGCUCCUUGCCGACCGCCACCCCUCUAUUUCAAAAAAUAUUUCAACUACCGUACAUAUGUCAAAUCGUCACAUAAAUUUGAACUUUAAACGCUUAAACGGGGAAAAAAAUCCGUUUAUCAGUAAAUAUUCCCGUUUUUCCUCUGUUACUAAGAAAACUACAAAGGCAAACAAGAAAUUUCCUAUAUUCAUAUAUAUAUAAAUUGAAAGAAAAUAUGUUCGGAAUCUUAAAAAAAAAAAAAAAAAAAACAAUCUUGGACUGCGAAUGACAUGUUAAUGUGUUCAAAUUAUUUUUCAACAGCGUUUGCAUUGAUGACUUGUAUACGUCAUGCGCACUUAUUAUUACCACGAAUUUAAAUGGGUAUUAAUAGCAAAUGAACAAAUUAUGUGCGAAUUGUACUAAUCAUUCGACGUGUUUGUUGUACGUUUUAGAGUCGGGGUUGAUCGUAGAAGCUAUUAUGGUUUUACAAUGAUGUUUAUUUUUUAUUUAUUUUUAUCUGUGAACAACUUUUCUAUCUGAAAUAUUGGUCCGAUUUAUAAGUGUAGCACUUUUUCUUAAAGGAAAUCUGACCGGUGAGGUACUUUAAAACGUAAUUUUUUGAUUUGCAAAAAUGUUCGCCUCGCCAUUACGGCUGUGUAGGUACAUUUUACAAGUUUUGCGGGUCGUUUUUUUUUCUCACAAUAAUAUCGAGCAUAGAAUCAUCGUUUAAAAAUUCUCAUUUACCAUAAAAUUUUCGAAAUGAUCAACCUAUGAUUUUAAAAUUAAAUUGUUUAAAAGACUACGUUGAAGAAAAAAAAAAGCAAAGAAAAACUCAUUAAAAAUCUCGACGAAAAAAAGAAAAUUUCAAUACUGCAGAGCCCGUUAUUGUUACACAAUAAUAUAACAUUCGGUCUUUAAAAUAGAAAAAAAAAUGCAAUUUCCACAAAUUCAUGAUUAUAUUAAACGAAUCUGUAUACCUGAAAAAAAAAAACCAAAAUAAAAUUCACUACACGAAAUGUUCGCACAGAGAUAAUCACUGCGACUGCGGUGACUGUAAAUCGCUCCGUAUCACACGCGCAUCUAUAAAAUAAGAUUUAAGAAUAAGAAAAACGUAACACUCGAGAAAAAAUUAAUGAUAAUCGUGUAUGUUUUAAUCCGCACUAAAUAAUAUUAUUGUUAUUAUAUGUAUAUUUUUUUUUUUUUAGAUUGUCCCUCCUGCAUAGCAGUAUAAUAUAUAAAUACAAUAAAUCAUUAUUCUGUUUGUUUUUUUUAACAGCGUAUGGGUUCGUAUACAUUAUAUAUUAAUAUUAUAAUAAUAUUAAUACUAUUAUUUAUUCCGUCGUAACACGAAUAUCAACGCCCUUCGUUUUUAUGACGGUUAUGCAAUCGGGCAUUAGACAUUAUAGAAAAAAACACUGUUAUAAAUAGGAAUUUGAGAUGGUAUAGGAUACAUAAAGUUAUUAGAUUUUUAUACGAGUUAACGAUUAACCAUUUCUAACGAAAAACGAUUCGAAACGAAGGUUGAUUAUAUACAUUAUACAUGUUUUGAAAGGUCCGUAAUAAUAUUUACGAUUUUCGUCAAAAUUUGAUUUUACAACUCUUACAAAAAGACUACAUUAAACUAAAUUUUUUCUUGAUUAAUAAGUACAACUUAUAAUGAAACUCCUGUCAAAUUUUCAAGCAUUUCUAACAAUUUUAUCCACAGAGUAUCUACCAAAUAGGAAAAAAACCUCACAAGAUUAAAAUGUCUAAAGAUAGCUCAAAAAUGGCUCCGAUAUUUUGAAAAUUUGUCUACGUUUAGAAAAAUCAAAUAUAAGUUUACUAUCAAAAUUUUAAGUUUCUACAAAUAUUUUCAACUGAAUUACAGCAAAAAUAGAAAAUUUAAAACAAUAAAAGCAUUAUUUUUAUACAUUUUCCCGAUCUUUCUACAUUUGUUUUCGGUUUUGUUCAGUUAUUAAAAAAACAAAAAGGAAAAUCUAAAAUGUCUUUCUUAUUGCCAACUAGAUUAAAAAUUUAACAAAAAAAAUGCCUUGUUGUUUUUCUAUUGGAGCAAUAUUUUUGGUAGAAAACGUAAGCCGUAAAAAACGAAAUAAACAAAUAAUGAACUCAGUAAAAUACUCGCAUUAUCUCGGAAAGAAUAUUGUAAUUUUUUUUCAGAAUUUGUUUUCGAUAAUACAAUAAGCAUCUCUACAACUCUAAACGAUACUUCACUUUUAUUUUUUGACACCCUUAUUUUCGGGGGUGAAACUAAUCGUUAUUCACUUUUGAUUUUCAAACAGCAACCUAGUAUAUAAAGUAUAUAAAUAUAAAUCAAGUAUAUAAAAAAAUUGUAUUAAUCAGUGUCAGGAGAGUAGGGCGUCAUUCGGUUAUUCAAUAGGAAUGCAAACAUUCGAAUGAGGCUGAAAUUUUUUAAGUUAUAUAUUUAUCGACGGUAGCACGUUUAAAAUAUUCUACGUGGGCCAAAAACACAUUUUAGCAGCCAAAGUAUAGCCUGAAUCUUCCAAACGAGAGUACAGGAAGGUGAAGGAAGCACAUACCCUAUUUCCUAAACAAAAAAUUGCUAAAAAUAUUGAAUUUUUUCGAGAUAGUAAUAACGUCUUAUGUUACGUUGAUCAACCUAUACCGUAUACUUUUUUCUGCGACAUUCUUCCUGCUCUGCCAUAGGUACCUAAUAUAAAAUAUUAUAAUACAUCCAGAUAUGUUUACAGAGGGGUUUGGGGUUCAACCUCCCCCCCCCCCCCCCCCGAAAAUUAAUAGUUGUGUAAUUUAUUAUUUAUUUAAAUUUAAUUUUUUUUAUAAAUGUUGAUAAUAUUAGCAAUAUUGAUUAUUGUACAUUUGUAUGCCCCCCUCCUGGAUUCUUUUUUGUGUACGUGCCCAAAUACAUCUGCCUAUAAGGUUUAAAUAUUAACAUCCGACCGUUCCGAAAUCAUUUUUAUUUUUUUUAUAUUUUUAUUCGUAUUAUGUUAGUAGUUUAUUAUAUUGUUAGGUGUUUCUGUACGGCAAGACGAUGGAGUCUAAGGAUGUAGUUUACGUACAUCGUAAACAAAACACUCAUGUCACCUUACGAUCUACGACGUGACACUUAAUAUACGUAUUACAGCGUGCGGAUAUAAUAAUAUGAUAAUCUAGACUAAAGCAUUUUUUUUUCUCGCUAUGAAAGCGUAAUAAUAUAAAGAUUUGGAUAAGAGGACGUGACCUAGUAUUGCAUUAUUGUCAUUUGUUUUAUUAUUCGUAUAGGUAGCUGGUAUAUACGUAAUAUUAUAUACAAUCACCGCGCAGUGGAACUGCUGCGGAUCUGCGGUAAAAACAAUAAUAAUCAAGUGAGCUUAUACGUAAUGUAGUAUUUAUAAUAAUACCUAUAACAUUUAAAAUCUAAAAUCCGCUCAUGCAUCUCAUGCCGUCUCAUGUGUUCAUGCAUCAUAGAAACACGAGGGAAAAAUAUCACAUCACAACGUAUAUAUUGUCAUCGCAAGAAAAUCGAAAAUAAUAAAUAAUAUAUAGUUCAUUAUUAUGAGUAAAAAUCCUAAGACCACUUAAAAUAUGAUACAUGGGUUUGAAAAAAUGUCAUGAUUAUACAAUAAAUACGUCGAGCGAUAAGGGGCUCGGGAUCGUAUUUUAAAUUUAAAUGCAAGGGAAUUUAAUAUUUUCGAGUAGAUAAAUUUCAACAACCCCUUCAAAUAUCGGACCUAUUCUUAAAAGAAUUUAAUAAGCGAGGUACCUUACUGUAUGGUUAAACUCGUUAGAGAAAUCUGGCUGUAGACGAAUUUAAUAGUUUUGUUUUCGUAUAUUAUUUCGGUGUGAAAGUUAUUUGGAUAAUAAUGUUUAUAAUGGGGUGAGAAGAAGUUUUCCAAAUUUUCUCCGAUUUGAAAAUCAUUUUCAACAUUUUAAUGAUAAGACUUGUCCACUAAUCUACUGCUUGAAACCCAUCUGAAACCCAGGGGAAGGGGUACUGCCCUUUUUAUCACGUUUUAGACCAAUAAGCUGAAGUGAAAUUCACCUAUUACUGCUCGCAUAGUUUUAAUUUUAAUAACAUAUUUUAAUUCUUUAAUUUUUUGUCGUCGUUUUGUAAGAAACAUUGUUCGUUUUAUUUUAUUUAGUUAAUUCAAUUAAAGUUCACGACGAGUUUAUUUCUUCUUUUUAAAAUAAACUCGUACUCAAGUGGCACAAAAAAAUAAAAAUAAAAAUUUGUUUUUCCGACAAAACGCUAUAGGAGAGAAAAAAUAUAAUAUGAAUAAGUCAAUUAGUCAAAUCAGUUUUUAAAACAGAAAUUGGAUUACUGGAAGUAUGUUUACUUUACUUCAUCUUAUAUCGGUCAAAGUGUAUGAAAAAGACGAAUCGCUUUCAAUCGCCUUAAGACGGAACUAAAAAAAAAAAAAAAACAACAACAACGCUGCUGUUGGUAAUAUUUGUUUUAAUUAUUAUUAUUUCUUUUCUGUAACGAACUUAUCGUUAAUCUCCGGCGACACGAUUUAUAUAGAUUAUAUUUUCAGCGAAUGCACGAACUUUUCUUCUUUGAAAUUCGAUUGAUUAUUUUUUAAUUGUCGUUAAAAUCUCGGAUAUUUGACGCGUCUAAAUACUAUAAACGAACGGCCGUUUAUAAUAUUAUUAUCAUCUGAUUGACGAGUGUAUAAUAGCUGCGGCUCUCCCGGUUUCUCUCAUUGUUUAUAUUCAAAGCUUACGUCAAUAUUGUAUAGUAAAACCAGAAACAUCAUUAUCGUUCGCGUUCCCCAUUGUAUUAAUUUCUCAAUUAAAAUCGACCAGACUAUAAUUAUUAUUAUUAUUAUUAUUAUACCGCUAGCUGACGAUUGGGUAAGAACUCUUGGAUAUCAAUCUACAACGCUGCGGUAUUCAUAAUGAUAUUCCUGUACGGUUUAAUAUUAUUAUAUUGACAACUCCGAUUCGCGUGUUACGCGUUCCGCGUCUAAUAUUAAACGGCGUGAAUAAUAUUAUUUAAUUUAUAAUUGAAUAUCGAAACGUAUACGUAUAUUAUGUAAAACGUUAAGGUAUAAUCGUAUUUGGCGGCCCGGCGGUAUUCUAGCGCCCGGAUUAAUUUUCCCUAUCUACUGCAGAGUGUCGCGCACGCGCAUUUUGAAAAACUAACGAAACGUUCGAAAUUGUACGAAAAUGAAUUUACAAUUUUUCGUUUAUAUUCAGCGACAUCUCCGAUUGGAAAAUAAUGUCUGACUGCAUAAUUACGAACCAUUUGACACAACACUGAUUUAAACAUUUGUUUAUUUCUAUAAAUAAUUGUAACAUAAUACCAAUAAGUUAAUCAAUUUUGAAUAUUAUUGAUUUAUCAUUGAAGCCCAUCAUGCCAAGCCUUUCUUUUCAAAUCCCUGUCCUUAAUAUUUGCGCAUAUUACAUCUCAUACGCAAUUAUAUUUUAGAUUCUGAGUAGAGCGAAGAAGCUUGUGGUUUUACAAAGAUGUUUUUUUUUUUUGUUUUUUGUUUUUAUCUGUGCGCAACUUUUCUACCAGAAGACUUGCUCGGAUUUCUAUAUGUAGCACCUUUUCUGAAAUAAAAUCGGCAUAGAGAAGUAAUUUAAGCAGGUCAUUUUUCGAUUUUCUCAGGAGUUUUCUCAUAAAAUUUGAAAAACCGGGAUAAAACACGGGAAAACCUGGAAAAACGUAGGAAAACUGGGAAAAUCGGUACAAUAUUAAACAAAUUGUGUUAAAGAAAAUACAUAAAGCCUAUUUAAUUAUUUUUUCAUAAUAUAAUAUAUAUAUUGUUGACAAAGCAUCACUACCAACUAAACUCUGCUCAGAAUCGUUUUUUCGUAAGCAAUGGUUUGCUUACGCAAAUGCAAUCGUUUCUUACAGAUGUAUGUUAAAUUAUCUAUAACAGUUGCUGCACCCGUUCCCACUAUCCUAGGAUGUCUUUUUCUAUUUGGAUUAUUAACAUUUCCAUGUCUAUCAUUAUGUACAAAUACUUUGUAACAAAUGAACACGAAACGAAUCCAAAUGUUUAUGUUUAACAAAUAAGUAAAAAUAAUAUUGAUAACGUUAGUGAAAACCAUUGGACCAAAUCGCAAUGGGCUUAUCCCAUUCAAAAUAAUGUGUUUCAUAUAUGAACGUUCCGGUUCAGUCGGCGUGAUGAAAGGGUUUUAGAGAAGCCAUGACAUCGGGAUAUUUUAAGUUGGGUGGUUACGGAUAGGUACACAGAUAGAUGUUAGAUUAUUAUAAUAUUAUAUGAUCUGUAAUUUUUUUAUUAUAGCUUAACUAUAAUAGUAUUACCUACAUAAGGUAGGCAAUACUAUAUAAGGUAUUAUAUAGUACUAUAUACGGUAUAUAAGGUAACUUUGGGAAAUCUAAACUCAACAAAAUAAUAAACAAUUUAUCGAGUAUAUUAUAAACCUUGUAAAUUAUCCUAUAUGAUUUUCUAAUUUUAUAAUGUUAACAAUUCAUUUGCAAGAAAUUAAAAAAUAACUUAAGGAAUGUUCACUUCCAUAGGUGUGCAAAAAGGGCGGCAAAGGGGUAGAUGUCCUCCUGAAAAAAGUCCUUAAAAAUUAAGAUAGACCCAUACCUAUCUACAUUUUGUAGAAAAUUCCUCCUUCCCCCCCCCUUAAAAUUACCAUCGACGCCAAAGAUGUUCUUCCAUAUUAUGUUGGUGGGUGGUGGGUGUCCUCCUAAAUAAUGUUAGCACCAUAAAUAGAGAAAUUUCACCACAUGACAGCGAUAUUAGCGACAGCGGCAACGAAAUCAGCAGCGAAAAAACCGCAAUGUGACAAAGCUUUUCCUGAAUUUUCUGAAGUGUUUGAUAUAGGUACACCUACUACGUACGCAGUUCUGACACAGGAAUUAAUAUUUAACAUUUUAAUGUUUAACACAUCUAUUUAUAGAAUGCAAAUAUAUUAUUUACAACUCAGGGACUACUGUGCAAUGUUAUACACCUACUAUAAUAUUACUACUCGACUAUAUACAAAAUAUUAAAGAGAAUAGUCACAUAUUACUUAUUUUCGUAUCAAUCAAAUCGGAAUACAAAAUAUCUUACCUACAAUAUGCACCUGUGUUGGUGUCUUUAUUUAAAAAUAUUUAUAUAUAUUUCGUAAAAUACUACGAGUAUAUUAUACUUAUCAACUAUUUCUAAUAUUAUAUGCAGCUACGCAUUUUUCGUCUUUUUACAAUGACCGCGUUUGGGGGAAACGGGUGACAUUACAGUGGGGUUGCGCCCACGAGAAUUCUUCUGGGGGUUCAAACGUAUCAUUUUGUACCCUCAGUCAACAGACAAGAAUAUUAAAUAAUUUCCUUUUAAAUACCUAGUAAAAAUAUGAAUAAAACAUUAUUUCAAAAUUAAUAAUUGAUAACAGUAAUAUUAUAUUAAUAACCUAAUCUGUUAUUAUUAUUCUCAUACACUUUUAUAAUUUCAUAUUUAUCACUGUUAUCAAUUAUCAUUGCGGAGUGUGGACUCCGUAAAAUAAUGUACAAGAUAACUACAGUAUUGGUAAUAGUGAUAUUAUGAUUAAUUAUUUGAAUUAUCAUUUUUUUUGUUUUUCAAUUAUAACCGACAGCAGUUACGGGUCUGUUUAACACAAUACUUCACUCACUGCGGCCAUUGUUUAUUAAAUAACAUAUGAAUUGAUUUAUCGUAUUUGCAAUUGACUCAGCAAACUUAGCUUCGGGGAAAAGGGCCUUCCCCGUGAUAAUUUCUGCACUCUCGUGAAUUUCUACCGAGUGUCGUUCAUCCAUGUACGUUUAUAAGAAAUAAUUGUUUGUUAAGUCAUUUUUUUUUUUUUUUCUAAUUAAAUAAUACCUACAAUACCUAUACUUAUCUAUAUAUUUGACGUAUUUUAAAUAAAAUUAUGUAUUAUCAUUCCGGGAAACCGAUUCUAAAUAUAGACGACGAGCAAAUUGUUGGUAAUUUAUAUUGAAAAUGUAUGUAUCGAUCGGAGUAGGUGCAUACUUAUACAAUGUUCUUUGUAGAGUUUAUACAGAGAUAACGUUAAAUGAUAACUAUAUUGUAUUCAAAAGGUUAAUUUAAUAUUAUAAUGGGCUCGGGAUUUGAAUGUAUAUAUUAUUAUCUACGAGUGUUAUGUAUCACGUCUCUAUUAUGUACUGAACCAACAAACAAUAAUGGCGAAACAAUUAUGUAGGUAUAACAAUAUAAAGGUUAUUAACUUAUUAGGUGAUUUAAAUUUAGUUAUACUGCGGGAAACUUCGAAUAUCAAUUAUUAACCACAUUAUCUGAAUAAGUAGUAUGAAUCUAGAGAUUUUGGAUCAAUUCACCUGAUAUAUAUACAUUAUGUAAUUAUAAUUUAUCGUUAUUUGUGGUAAAUAAAUAAAACAAAAAGCUGUCCAAGGAUAUUAGGUAAGGGUAUAGCCACGUUGUAGGUGAAAAGUUGGGAAGGCAGGAUAUGGACGGGAAUUUAAUGUAUAUACAUUUUUUUUUUAUAAGUAUCAAAUUUUGACGAAUAUCGUAAAUUUUACGGCCUUUCAAAACAUGUGUGAUGUCUAUAACCGAAGUCCGAUUAGAAUCAUUUUUCUUUAGCAAUGGUUAACCGUUGCAUACAGAUAAACCUACAUUAAAUGUCCCUCUAUAUCCUACCCUUCAAACUUCUCGCUAACAACAGUGGCCCACGCGUCGUCAUGCGAAGCAUACCCGUCUUUCCUUCUCUUCGAUAUUAUCGACACGGACAAAGCCAUGCGGGAUAUCUACUAUGCAUUUUUUGUACAACAGACUACAAUACAGCGCAAUUGUCUCUAUUUUCGGGGAAAAUUUAACAAAAUUUAUACUUAAACUUUAUACGGUUUACGAUCCACAUGAUUUCGUAUUUCGUUUUUCUAUGUAGAAAACAAAACUCGGGGCCUAAAACACUUCUCCGUUCUAAAUUUAAUUGUGACGACACUUUCAAACCGCCCGUCAUCCGCUCCGUUAUUGGAUACAUGAUGUAUAGUAUGAACACCCGUAUACCAUAGGCUAGUAUUAAAGUGCGUUCCGCUCGGCAAAUAUUGAACUGUCAAUGUCAAUAAUAGCGGAGCGAUGUCGUAGCCAGAAGUGCGCCUAUAUUCGCGGUGUACAGCGAGUCGUUAUUUUUUAAAGCGUUCGACUAUACACAUUAUAUUAUAUUCAAUUGCGAUCAUUACUCUUCCGGUCUUAUUCUGGCCGCAAACGUGUGACACGUACUAUACCUAUAGACGUGCGAGCAGCGUCGUUUCUUUUGGUGACAACAAUGCGUCUUCUUAGACAUGAUGCGAACGGGGGUAAAAAAUAUGUAUAGAACGUAAAAAAUAAAAAAAAUAAUAAAAGGUCGAUAUUUUUCACGGGUAUACCGCUGUUGUAGGCGAGUAGUUAGGGAAAAUCUAUAGAAUGUACGCGUAGACGCAAUUAUAAGGGAGUACUAGGGGAUGUUUAUCGCCCCAAGUUUAAAAUUAGCACACCCCCCCCCAAAAAAAAAAAAACCCAAUCAACGUUUUCAUAAUAACGAAUUAAUAUUUAUCCUCGUGUUUUAUAAUUAAUGAGCAGAACAAAAUACAGAUAUCUUAUAGGUAGUAGUUACAAACAAUGCAUAUGAUGUACGGAAAAUAAUAUUAAAAUAGUUAUGAUAAAUUUGUAUACUUAUAUGUAAAAUUGUUAAUGAAAUGUGUAGUCGCCUAUUGUAAGAGUCGUGUAAAGAUGUUUCAACUUUCAACCAUUUGUAUGUUUAAAUUUUAUGUAUACACGUGAAACACCGGGUUUUAAAUGUCCUUAUUAAAAUGAAAUAAAAUUCUGGCGAACGUAAUUAUUUUAGAUCAAUAUAAUACAAAAAAUAUCGCGAUGGUACAAAUCGACUGGCGAGAAAUUCGAUUUUAGAACCCGAGCUCCGAUGCUCGCGGGUAUUUUCUAUUUUUUGUAACAUCUAAAGUUUAAAUAUAUCAAUUUUUCUCAUCGCCGGAUGUUAUGUACAGUUCCAGAGCUUGACGAACUUACCAUGCGGUUUGGAAUCCAACAACAACAUCGCGACGGCGGGCGUGAGCAUGGAUGAGGAGGACGGUAGUGCGGACGACGACGAACACAUACGAACGACGCUGUUCACUGGGGAUAGCGAACAGGAACGUACCGGAAGAUCAGCAAAGGAACAUGCGACCAAUGGCCUCAGCCGUGGGGCCCACAGCGGCAGUGGCGUGCUUGAGAAAUUCCGGAUCGAGUAUCCGAAAAAGUAUCACACCGCCCGCAGCAUGUCUCUGUCAAUGGAACGGAACGCGUUCUGCGAACUUUGUCGGGUCUCCGGCCGUAGUCCCAUUCAUUUCGAGCUCGGAAACGGCACCAGUGGCGGCAGUGGAAGCGGCAUUGGAGGCGGCGAAGACGGCGGAGACGGAAGUCCGGAGGACAACCCGGACGACAAGGUCCGCCGGUACUUCGGGUUCACCCUCAGACAGUAUAUGGCACUCGGUUCGCUGGCGUUGGUUGACUUUCUCGGAUUUUGUUCCAUGUCGGUCAUGGCCCCGACCUUUCCAAAAGAGGUGAUUUAAUAAUAACCUAACCUAUAAAAUAUUGUAUCAAUGUAACGGAUAACUACCCUAAUAACAAUCAAGAUAUAUAGGUUCAAUUUCAGAUACAUAACACUGCAACAUUUGAAAUAUUGCAAAUACACAUCCAAACUUAAUUUAAAUGUAUCUGACACGUUUCUGAUUACUCCCAAAGUCUGCUUUUUAAUAACACACUAAUGUUAUCUAUUGAGUUAUUUGAAAGCUUCCAGAUAACUAACAACAUAAAGGUUUUAGAAAAUUUCGAAUAGCAAAUAAAGGCAUUACUUUUCUUUCAUAUAUACGAGUAUAACAAUGCACUAUUUGUCAUUUGCAGCACUUAAAUAAUAAAAAUUGAUUAUAUAUUUAUACCAAAACUUAAUUAAAGUUUUUCGGGAAAAAGUAUUCCUCAGGGUCAUUCAAACGGGGAGGGAGAAGAGGAAUGUAUUCCUUCAUAAACUUUAUAUAACUAUAAUCCUUAACAAUUAUAAUAAUAUGUACCAUAAUAGGUACAUAUUAACUAUAUGUAUGUAUAAAGAAAAAAUAUUUAAUUUUAAUAACAAUUGUUAAAAACUAGCCUUAUACAUAAAAUGUAGGCGGGAGAACUUCGUCACACCAGCGCCCCCGAUUUCAUAAUAAUUUCCUACCCAAAUUUUCAUUCUAACGGUAAGUAUAUAAUGUCACUAGUUGUACAUUAUCCCAUUAACUUUUUCGUUAAACUUUGAAUUUCAAUGUUUUUAUUUAUACUGCAAUAUUACAAUACAUAUGUUUAAUUCUGUCCUAAAUCUUCAAGACCAUACUCACGUUUUCGAUGUAAUAUGUUAAAGCUAUCUAAAGAAAUAAAAAAAAAAAAAUAAAGUAAUAUUGGAAAUAAAGUCCAUUCGAACGAACUGAUCCUAACGACAGUUUCGUAGACCACCAAAUGUAUACUGCAAUAUAAGUAAGUCGGUCUGAAUUGAAUUCCGCUUUUUCCCCUCUCUUUCCAAAUACUAAUUCCACCUCGGCUUUUUCCAAAUCAAAUUAUAAUUUUUAAAACGAAAUCCUUCGACCCUUCGUACUUACAUUGUGCAACUCCGUUUAUUUUACCGCGGCCUAGUGUAAAAAAAAAUCCCGACUUCCCGGCAUUCGGGUGAUAACAAAACGAGUAUAAUAUGAUACAGCGGAAAUAAUAUUACGGAUGGACCACUGUGUUUUGAAAGGGCCGCGGAAUCACGAAUCGUAUAUUUCGAUACGAUUAUAGAAUUCCUCAAAAAUACAUUUUACAAAUCAUCGCAUUCAGAAAAACAAUUCCGAUGACGUAAUGUAGCUAGUAAAUUACAACAAUUUCAAGGCACACGAACAUGCCCGGCUCUAUCUCAUUUUUCGAAUAUUCAUUGUUCAAUUUGAGCGUUUAACACAAUAUGUUUGAUACCGUGUCUUAGAAAUCGAUAGUUUGUUUAGAUGAGCAUACCACACUACAUCCCCCCCUCACAAUAGUUAAGUACUGAGGUUUCAAAAUCCGAUUUUAAAUACGGGAAAACGUCUCGGUCUAAAUGCUUGGAGGAUCGAUUUGCACACGGCGAUCACUUCGAACGCGAUAAUAAUUUUAAUGAAGUAAUAUCGGAUGUGGCUUGAGACAUUUUAUUUGGUGAUUUGAGUAGAAUAAAAUAUUGUUCACCCCCAGACACGUAUACAGAAACAAUAAUUUAACUUUUUUCGACUGUUAUGUGUUCGACUUGAUGUUACUUGAGUAACAUUUUUCAAAUUUCGGAGGAGUUUGAACCUCCCUCCUGUAUGCGUGACUAAUUACCCUACCCCGCAAGUAAAAUACACCGUUUUCAAAUAAAUUUAUUUUAAAUUAUUUAUUACUAAUUUCGAACAUCGAACAACAUAAAUUUAAAAAAAGGAAACCAUAGCUAGGUAUUCAAAAAUACAAAUACAAUGUAUACAUGAUUUAAGGUUAUAAACAAUUAUUUUACUGGUUUUACAGAUGAAAUUUAUUCCUGAUAAUUAUCGGAUAAAUACUAAAUAUGCCUAUCAAUUGAAUCGUUACAAUUUUGCAUGAAGUUAAUUCAUGAUAUAUUUUGUCAACAUUUGAACGACCCAACACACCAACACCCAAAUGUUUGGUGAAUUAGGUUUUAUUAUUUUCCUUGUAGUUUUCUUAUUUAAUGAAACAAAUCGGGAAAAUGUAUGAAAUAACGGUUUCUGUUAUUUUAGAUUCGCAGCGUAGUGAGGAAUGUAUUGGUUUUACAACAAUGUUUACUUACUUAUUAAUUUUUAUUUUAUUUUUCUGUGAAUAACUUUUCUGCCAAUAUAGAACUUUUCUCCGAUGUAUCAAGUGUAGUACCUUUUCUGAAAGAAAAUUCUGGAAAAUACCGGGAUAACAGGAAAAUGUACGAAAUGUAUUAUUUUUAAUUUUGUUUUUUUGUAGUAAUUCAGUUAAAAAUAUUCGUAUGGACUUUAUGGACUUGAAAUUUGAACACAAAACUUACAUUUAAUUUUUAUAAACGUGGUAAAAUUAUCAAACAGUUUAGCAAUUUUUGAGCUAGGUAUUUAUAGACAUUUUUAUUUAGAGAGCUUUUUACGUAAUUUUGUUUGGUAGGUACUCGUGGAUAAAAUUAUUAGACUAAACAGAAAUGCUUACAAAUUUUAUCAGGAGAUUCUUUAUAAGGCGUAGAUUGUGGUCAAUAAAAAAAAAAUUGAGUUUAUGUAAUUUAUUAUUUUUUUAUAAUAAUUAGAUGUCUGAAUUUAUUAUGAAAAUAUUGCUCUUUUAAAUCGGGUCGUUACAUCAAAGACAGUUUGUUUAACAAUUGCACGAUCACGAAUGCGUUUUGCUAUUCCGGGACCCACAAAUUUAUUAAAUAAAUCUUUGGCCCGGUAUUAUAAACCGUACUUUUCGGUUUAGCUGAACACACCAAUAUCGACAAUAAUAAUAUCACGGAUCGUCGGCGCGCUCCUGUAUUUCGAAAACUCAUCAAUUAUAAGGGGCUAAACAUUCGAGGGGUUGGGUAAAGUGGUAAUUAAUUUUUCUCUGCCGCUCGUAUAAACGAAUUAUUAUCGUUCAAUGGAAGUUUAGUGGCUACGACAGAUCAUCGAUAUCCGCCCGGUCGAAACCACGUCAACGAGUUUAUAUUAUAACGUCAGACGACAGGCGUAAAGAGAGAUGUAAGUGAGUCCCUUGCGGCCGCGGUUAAUAGCGAACCCGUGAAUUUCCACUGUCUUGGACCUGUCAACCCGAGAAAUCCCGUAAAACCGUAUUGGAGGCGGCUGGUAUAUUACAUUAUGUACACGGUCCUACGAGAUUUCGCGGUGGUUUAAAGCAUUUAACCGUAUGUCUCGUAUAUAUAAUAUAUACGGCCGUUGCAUCUCCGUUUAUGAAACAGUAUAUUAUUAUUUUAGAUUCUGAGCGAAAAGAGGAAUGUAUUGGUUUUACAACAAUGUUUAUUUAUUUUUUUUUUUUGUGGACAACUUUUCUACUAGAAAUUUCGCUCCGAUUUACAAUGAUAGCAUUUUUUCUAAAAGGUAAUUUGACUAGAAAGGUGCUUUAAAAAGAUCAUUUUUUGAUUUUCCGGGUGGCUUUCCCAAUAAAUAGGAAAAUCCGGGAAAAACGUAGGAAAAAUGGAAAAAUAUGUACAAUAUUAAAAAAAUAUUAUUAAAGAAAAUAUAUACUGCAUAUGUAAUUAUUUUACCACAAUAUGUUGGCAAUUUAACUCUAUCAACCGAACUCCGCUCACAAUCGUUUUUUCGUUAGCAACGAUUAAUCGUUGCUUACAGAUAUACAUCAAAGUAACUACUAUAACAGUGGCUGCACCCGUACCCAUUAUCCUAGGACAGCUUUUUAUCUACCUAUCCAUAAUUAAUAUAAUAAAUAUAAAAUUGCUGUUUCUGUUUAUAUGUGCGUUGAGUUUUUCUAUGCAGCUGAUUUUUAUGUACGGUUUUCACUGUCAUUUAGAGAAUUUUUUCCGGGCGAUCUAUAUAUAUACUAGCGAGUGCAUAAUAUAUGGGGAAUACAGGGAAAACUCGCACCGGGUAAAUGGUAUUUUCAGGUUUUCAUUAUUAUUUCUGUUGAUUUAUGGGUAUUAUAUUGGUGAAAAAAAAAAGAAGUUCAAACAAUAAAAUAAAUAAAUGUAUGGGUUGUAAUAUUUGUUGCGAGGAUACGCACGUUGGACAGUGGAAAGUUAUUUAUAUUUCUUUCCCCGUGAUUUAAAAAUACCGUGUAUAACAGUGGUGAAUUUACGAUUUACUUCCGAGGUAAGGGAGGGAGGGUGAUGAUCAAAUAAACAAACUGGGUAUCAAGAGAUCUAGACUGCUCUCAUUUCCUCCUUAAUCGUUUUAUCAUAUUUACGUUUAGUCCUUCGUACAAAUUAUUGCUUACUGAGUAAAGGUACUUCCACAAUGCUGCGAGAAAUGUCACGGUAACAAUAAAAUUUGCUCGUGAUUUUAUGUGGCUCGUGAUUUUAUAUUUAUGUUAUAGUCAUUACCGUACCAUUUCUUGCAGCAGCGAUUCCACCCCGUAUUGCUCCGUAUUGAUAAUGCCAUUUUCGGAAACAUUUUUCAAUGGGUAGCCAUCAACCCAUAAUCCUCUUGAUUUACUUUUAUCGUAUAACGGAAAUACAUAACUUGUAGGAAGAUGCCAGAAAACCAGGUACAUCUAACUUUUAAGAAUGUGCGUAUAUGGAAAAAUAAGCUUAAAUCUAAAAAAAAAAAAAAAGGUCUGGGGGUAUUAUAACAACACCCCUAUAAAUACGUCACUGAUCGUGUAUAAAACAACAUUAUUAUUAUAAUACUAUUAUUAUGUAUCCGGUGCCAAGCCCGGACUUACAAACAUUUAGAAGUCCCGGUGCCAAAAACUUUUCAACUGAGGCUCUCAAAAAUAAUGAUAAUAAUAAUAAAAAAAUCGUUACCGCUGAUGGAAGUUCCACUGUUUAGAAGAGAUGUUGCAGAAAGGGGUGAUAUUAUUUAGAGUAAUUGAAUUUACAUUUGUACCCAACGAUAAACAAUUUAUAACGAAAAACGAUUCUGAGCAGAGUAUUAUUAUGACUUGUAUUUUUUCACUUGUUGCAAAGGUCAUUGAAUUUUCCCAAGAAAACUACAAGGAAAUUUCUUAUUAAGGUUUUAACUGGAGCAAUAGGUAUUUCCGGUAGAUAAUUUGUUUUCAAACAGAAAACACACACACAGCAUAGUAAAUGUUCAACGAUUAUUUCGAAAUAUUGUUUCGGAAAAUACCUAUGAAUAUUAUUUAUUUUUUUCGUCUUAAAUAAAACACAUUUUUUUUUUUUUGUAAUUUUAGGCUGAAAAAAAAGAUAUGACACUCUCGGAAGCCGGUCUUGUAUUCAGUUUCUUCGCUUUGGUUAUGUUUUUUUUGUCUCCGUCAAUGGGAUCGUUGGUAAGUACCUAUAUUACAUAAUUAGUUUUGAUAUUUAAAUAUUAUACUCCGUCAUUGUAUUAUUCUAUACAUUUGAGCACAUAGUGUAGCAAAUAAGUUUUUUUUCUAAUUUAAAUAACUAGGUAAGUACAUUUCUUCACGAGUUAUACUUAUAAAAUAGUUCACAAAUUCGAAAUGCAUAAUGAUUACAUAAAUUAUACACAAUAACAUUUUGAAUUACCUAUACAAAAUUAGUUUAUAAAAAAAUAUACUCACAAAAACGUUAUUAAUAAUAUUAUUAUGCAUAUUUAAAUUUUAAAUAUAAUAAGGCUAUGUAUAUAAGGCUGUUAAAACCGCAGUAUAUUUUGAACAAAAACCUAAUGUCUCCCGGGAAAAAACUCUCAAGCCUUGUAGAACAGUUAGAUUUUUUUUCUCUUUAUUGUUAUUUGAAAGAGAAAGAUUUUUUUUUGUAGGUCGCAUUAAACUGUGAUUUAUAUAAAAUGCAUGAAACUGUAUGAAGUGUCUGAAAAACAAACAACACCUGUGUUGUUUGUAUUAUCGUCAGUUAAACACAGACGAUUAAUCUAAAAAUCGGAAUUCGAUAUGAAAAAUUUGUAUUCUUUCAAAUAAUAAAAAUAAAAAAAAAAUUAAGAUUUAGAGCGGUUUACUAUGCAUUGGAGUUUUUUUCCCAAAAAGUCUUAAAUCGGCCGUUCCUUUUCCUCCAGUUCUCCUUAAUGGAUAUCGGACAGUAUAUAUAUUAGUGGAAAGUCUUAUUUUUAGUACGGUAAAAAUAAUAUUCUGAUUUUACAAAAUCGGAGAAGAUAUUGAUACCGACAGCCUUAAAUACAAAUGAUAAAUACAAUAUCGAUGUCAUAUGCCCAUUAUUGUACUGCGGUGUAUAAUUUUAACGUGGUUUUUGUUUUAGAUGCCAAUAUUCGGUACGAAAUGUCUGUUUAUAUCGGGCGUGUUUAUCGCCGGAGUGUGCAAUAUGAUUUUUGGGUGAGUAUCUAUAGUAUAAUACCUAUAAUAUACUGUUAAAUAAUAUUAUAAUACAAUAAUACUCAAGUACGUCUUCUUCUCAUUCUCCUUGAUCCCGACUUGAUCUCACUUUAUCUGAUCUCUCACCGGCUGUCCUCGUAUUAUUUUCAACCGCAAUAAUAAUCUAGUAUGUUAAUUACGAAAAUUGGAAUUUGCAUUUGAAAUUUCUGAAAUUCAAAAAUGUAUAUCACUUACAAAGAAAGUGGUUUUUUCAAUUUUGCCAAUUUUGUACGUAAUUUUUAUUUGGUGGGUACUCUGUAGGUGAAAUUGUUAAACUAAACAGAAAUUAUUAAAAAUUUGACAGGUUUACUUAGUAGUCCAAAAAAAAUUAUAGUGUAAUGUAGUAUUUUUAUUUUGCUAUAAUAAUUUCGACGAAAAUCGUAAAUAUUACGGCCUUUCGAAACAUGUAUUACCGAAUUUCACUCAGAAUCGUUUUUCGUUAGCAAUGGUUUAUCGUUGAGUACAGAUAUAAAUAAAAUAACUUUAUGUAACCCGUCUUCCCAACUACUCACCUACAACAGUGGCCCCAUCCGUCUCCAGUAUCAGUUCUUUUUAAAUUUUAUAAUCUCUCCUAUUCAAAUAAAUUAUUUCUAUAUUCUAUGUAAAAUGACUAAUUUGUGUAGUUUUUUUUUUUCUAUGUAUUCCUUCAUUUAAUUUUUUAAAUUCAGUCGCGUUUUAUAUUUUGACUAUAAUAUACCUGAUGAUGAAUUUUUAAUUCGAAAACGGUCGUAUAAUACACUUAUCAUAAUACUCCAGGCAACGCAUUGAUUCAUUUAUUUAUCUUACUUUCAUAAAUACAAUUUUGUUUUUAUUUUUUUUUUUACUAGAUUUAUUUUCUUUAUUAAACAUUUAUUAUUAAAGAAAAUAUAUGAUGCCAAUAUGUAAUUAUUUUGCCGUAAUAUGACAUGUAUAUUGUUGACAAAGCAACACUAUCAACCGAACUCCGCUCAGAUUCGUUUUUUCGUUGGUUUAUCGUUGCCUGCAAAUGUACAUUAAAUUUCUCCUCUACUACCUUCCCGACUUCCCACCUACAACAGUGACUGCACCCACGUGUGAAUAGUGUGUCCGUCUUUUUUCUUUUCGUUAAACGUAUCAACAGUAACAAAAAAAGUAUUAAUAUAGUAAACAAACGGUAUUAUGUUUUACGUAGGUUUAAUGUUUUAAUUUAUAGGAAUCCUAGUACUGGACCCUCGAUAUAAGGGUAACAUGCUUGUUUCUUAAAUUUUUGAAAAAAAAAAGUGAAUACUUUCCGCGUUAAAGCGUUAAAACGUGUUUAUUAAACAUUAUAUCAUCUAUCAUCCGCGUAAAGGUGUACACUAUUAUAAGCCGUGUGUAUCGGAAAAUUUUAGUCGUCGGGUUUGGAAACAUAAUAUUUCAUACAGGGAAACGGCGGUGGCAGCACGGUUUAAUAUUGUAAAGGAUGUACUUUUUCAUUUUUUUUUUUCCGGAAAUUUCACACGUACUAUUACGUAACGACGUUGAUAUGAUAUUUUUUUAUUACCGUGUUUGUUUUUAUCGCGUUUACAUAUUGAUACUAUGAGCGCGCGCGCAAUUAUUAUUGCCAUAUGCACUUAUGGAUGUUAUAAUAUCAAAUUUCGCGAGUAAAUCCGGAGAUUUCGCGUAAUAUAAUAUACGUUAUAUUCGAUCAAUCCGGCAACGUGUUUAUAUACGAAUAUACGAGCUGCAUCUCGGAAAGAGAUUUCCAUUCGCUCUAGAGAGAGAGAGAGAGAGAGAGGGGAAAAAAAAUAAUGUUUCCGAGUACGCAUAAUAUUGUACGGUAAUAGAGUUCGGUAAAGUUUCCCCUUUUAUCGACCUGCGGAACAAUUCGACAUCCGUUAUUAUAUUAUUAUUUUACACCGAGGGUUGAAUAGAACAUAAUUUUAAAAAUUACUUUAAACUUUUCAAAGAACGCUUAUUAUUAUUAUUACUACGCGAGUACAAUGAAUAAUAAUUGUCGUUGCGGUACCGACUGAACUUUUAAAUUUAUUUACUCGUCGGAGUAUUGUCGUUGGAAUAUUAUCGAGGUUUCGCAUCCGAAUAUACGUCGUUACUAUAUUUGCGAAAUAAAUUAACGUACCAUGUACGGAUCGCCCGUUCGCGGCAUUACAAAAAUUGUGUGUUUCGAAAUUGUUUAACUCGAGUUCCAAAACUCGGAAGGGCCCACGUUUAACAAUAUAUUUGCCGCGGAUCGCCUCGAUAAACGACUUCAAACAAAAAAAAGUUUAAAUUAUUUUUAUUUUUUUUUCCACCGCCGUAUUACGGAAUACCCGUGUAGUAAUUUUUGUUGGGUUUUAUAUUGUCUGAGAUCAAAUAAAACCCCGUACGUGCAGGCAUUAGCGGAUUUUCCAGACCCCCUGGACCCCCUCCCCCCUCCGGAAAUCCACCACUGCGAGUAGAGGUACAUAUUUUUACUAUCGUUAAUUAUUUCAGGCUACUGCCGAUGAUCGAGGACAACUUCCAAUUUAAAGUGCUCUGCUUCGUGGUCCGAGGACUGGAAGCGAUCGGAGCCAGUGCAUUUUCUACGUCGAGUUUCGUUUACGUCAUUCAAAUAUUUCCGGAUAACGUCAGCGGCGUCUUGGUGAGUACAGCAACCUGCUAGAAUAUAUUAUUUUUUUCCUACCGUUUCGUAAACGCAAUUUCAAUAUUUCUUAACUCGGAGUGGGGGACGUUUUCGAGGCGCACGCGCCGCGAAUCGCUUAAUUUCUUUAUUUUAGUCGCGAAGUCGAUUUAUGGGUGAAAAAAAUAAUCGCCCUUUGAUUGUUUAUUUAAAAUGUAUAUUAACUAAGAUAUUAGAUAUUAUGAUCUUGUAGUUCAAAAAAAGGUCGAUUCGAACGAAGUAUAAACUUUAAAUUCACGUUUCGUUCAUAUUACGACUUACGAGUAUAUUUUGAACUUUGAACGGACGAACAAGUUAAUUUGCGUACCGUGAAUUUCUGGUUACCUACUACCGAAUAGUAAAAUACUGCCGUGAUUACUUGAAAUAUUAUAUUUCGGUGGUACUCAGUCCGUCCAAUCGCACCUACUGUUUACGACUUGUCAAUAAUCUGCUCUUUUUUUAACUAAUUACACACAGGGUAUACUAGAAACGUUUGUCGGUUUGGGAAUGAGUGUCGGACCUGCAAUCGGAGGAUUGUUAUCUUCGGUAAGUAAUACAAAAUAUGUUUCAUCAUCGUCGCUCAUUAUAGCUGAAUUAAUCAUUUGUAUAUUUUUUUUUAAAUCCGUUAUUUUGACAAGGUUUUUUUUGUUUUGUUUUUUUUUUUUAUUAUUUAUAUAUAUAGGUAGGAGGUUACGCUAUGCCGUUUUUCGUUGUAGGUCUCAUAAUGGUCGCCACGGUACCGCUGCACAUUUAUCUCAUGCCCCCGAUCAAAGGUAAUUUAUUAUAUAACCGUUUUAUGUUUAUCGGGUUCAAAUUCAAAACGAUUUCAUUUUAUACAUUUACAUGUACCUACACUGAUUUAAUAUUUUAAUAUCCGCUUAUGUGUAGGUACAUAAUUCUAAAAAAAAAAAAUUUGAAAAAAUAUGUAUAUAAAAUAAUUUUGUACCUAUAUAGAUAACGUAAAAGCAUCACAAGCCGUUGGAAGCCGGUCUAAAGGGGUAAUGAAAUUACUAAUAAUCCCAUCGGCUCUGGUGGUCGGCGCGGUAAUUUCGGUUACUUCUAAUUUUUGGGCUUCGCUCGAUCCAACGCUCGAACCGCAUUUACGAGAGGUAUAUAUAAUAACAACAUCAAUAUAUUGCUUUUUUUUAUGUAUAUUUAUAUAUUUCACUAUAAUCUAUAUUAGUCAUAUGGAUAAAAAAAAAUAUAAUAAUAAUAAUAUGUAUAUCGGUGUGAUGGUUACGUUGUGGUACGGUGUCAUCGCGGCCGUCACCGGCUGUGAUUUUAUCGGUUACACAUUAUACUAGGGUUCGGAUGUUAAUGAAAUUGCGUUUUUUUUUUUUUCUGUUUAUCCAAUUAAAUGCUGACCUGGAUACAAAUUCGAUUCGUGUUCCGCUGAAUCGAAUAAUACUAUUUUUACUUUGCAUAUUUUAUGGUUUUGUAUUUUAGGAUUUAUAUGAACAUAUAUGCAUAUUUCAAUACAUUUUCCAACUUUUUUUUAAAAACAAUUUAAAUAAAUAUCAAAAUAUAAAGCGAUAUAGCGCGCAAUUUGAACAAAUUAAAAAAACUAUUGUACUACACUUCGACCCGAUUUUAUUGUAAAUUAAUAUUUAUAUUAUUAAAAAAAAUAAAUAAAGAUAACUACUAAAAACCCUUAAGCUUCUUCGCUCCACUCAUAAUCUAAAAACUACAAAUAAAAAUUAAAUACUUAAGGUAACAUAAACUUUUGUGUGCGUAUUUUGGUGUUUUUUUUUUUUUUUAACUAAAAAUGUAUACUUUAUGAUUUUUGGUGCAUAUUUUGAUUGCAUAUCUGGUAAUAUUUUAGUGCGUAAAUGCAUACAUAUUACAGUUAUUUUAAGUACACAAACAUCCGAACCCUAGAUAUUACGCAUUAUUAUAACUAGCACAGAAAUCCGGUGAUGAAAAUCCCCGUCAGUUACCAGUUUUCGGUCCGCGAAAUUUCAACGCGCAUGUCAUCAAAUCGGCGAUGUGUAAUGAUUAUCAAAACGUGCAACGGUUCACAACAUCAAAACUCUAUAGCUAUUUAACCGUGCUAGACAAUAAUUAUUGUCGUUUAUACGCAAUAAUAUUAUGUAUAAUAUAUUAUAUCUCUAAUAUAUAUUAUCUCAAUAUACUCACUCGAAUAAUUUCUCACCACCCCGUCGGAUCCCUGCAGCCCGUGUUUAAUAUUGUGUGACCGGCCCUUGUCCCGUGAUUACGAAAUUUGAUUUUAGAUUUGGAUUUGCUAAGUCCUAAUUAAAACAAUUAUACUGGUAUGGCCUUUUUUUCUGAAAUAGAUACACCCCUCCAAAAUUUUUAAAUACCAUUCGUGCUUAUCAUGCGCUCUCGAAUUAAUCGGAAUUCAACUCCCGGCAAUAGAAAAUAGCCAUAUCCGCCACUGGGUAUACUAAAUUUCUGUUUUGUUUGUCGAGUCAAAAACGGACAAAACGUUAUUAUGCGUUGUGUAACCUUUUUUUCUUGUAACACAAUAAUCGUAUUAUCGCCAAAAUAACGUCAUUUACAUAGAUAUGUCCGCAUUGUAUUUUUCAUAAUAAUACAAUUAUUGCGCUGUUUCUGUUGUCCGUUUGAAGAUAACAUUUCAAUAGGAUGAAAAAUAUAAGAACGACGAUGUAACGUAUAAUACUAUAUAAUUGUCCGUGUGUUAUUUCCAUAAAGAAAAUGUCGAAAAAAAAAAUAUAAUACAGCAGUUCUUACCGCGACAUAAUGCGACUGCAUAAUUCUACAUGCACAAAUAUAAUACUCGGCUUGAACACACGUUUUUUGAUUCUUAAUGAGACGCGAGAAAUGUAUUGAUUACACUACUUGAACAUGAUUAUAUGUAUGUUUUAUUUUGUGUGUGCGUCUAUAAACGAAUUUUCGACGAGACAAUUUCGCUCCAAUUAAAUACCUUAUAGGAACUUUCUUAGAGAAUUUUCGGUCUAUAGUUUAUGCGUUUGAUUUUUCUUGUGGCUUUUUCCAUAGUAAAUGAGAAAAACUAGCAAUUUUUGAUUAUUUCCGGAUUACCUUGGCAACAAUGGAAAAAAGCUGUCCUACAGGAUAAUGGGGACGGGUGCAGCCGCUGCAGUUAUAGGUGAUUUAAUAUAUAUCUGUAAGCAACGAUUAACGGUUGUUAACGAAAACGCGAUUCUGAGCGGUGUACAGUUGAUAGUGUUGCUUUGUCAACAAUAUAAUACAUUUCACAUUAUGGUAAAGUAAUUACAUAUUUUCUUCAAUAAUAUUUGUUUAAUAUUGUACCCAUUUUCCGGUUUUUCUUCCGUUUUAUUGGUAAAACUCCUGAGAAACUUCUAAAAAUGACCUCCCUAAUGUACCUACCCAGUCAGAUUUCCUUUUGGAAAAAGUGCUGUCGUUGUGAAUCGGAGCGAAAUUGCUGGCAGAAAAGUUGUCCGCAGAAAAAAAUAAUAACAAUGAUAAACAUCGUAAAACCAAUAUACAUUCCUCGCUCCGCUCAGAAUCUAAAAUACGAUUGUCCUUUCAGAAUCGCUUUUCGUUAGCAAUGGUUUAUCGUCGCGUACGGUUAUAGAUUAAAUUACUCUACAUAAAAUCUUCCCUUCCGACUUCCUUCCGAAAACAGUGGCACAUCCAUCAUCGUCUGCAGCAUUUUUAUUUUACGCCCGCGAGUAACGCAAUAAUUAAUACAGUUUAAUAUCGUAAUUUGUUACGUGGACUUAUUCUGAAAUGCGGAAUUCAAAAAAUACUCAGCAUUCCGCAUACGAACAAAUUAUUAUUUUUGCUUUUUACGUGAUGUAUUCGUAUAAUUAAAAAUAACUCGCGUUCGCGUUAUAGUACACCUACUGUAUUAUAUUAUUAACUCGAUUAAUUACGAACAAUCCAAUUUAAACGCGUUUUAAAGCAAAUGAUAAAUUACUGUACGCCUCCCCAUAAUUUGAUAUUACGUACAGCUGUGUGCGUAUUACGAUGUAGGUAUCGGAUUUAAAUGCGCUUACACGUCUCCCUACCCCGCGCAUUAAUCAUAUAAAUGCAGGUGGGUAACGCGAAUGUGUUUCAAAUAAAAAAAAAAGAAAAAAAAAGAUAAGCGAAUAACGGCUGUUCUAAAACAUCAUAUUUUACUGCGUACGAUUUUCAAUUUGUCACAUUGAUCCCGAGUGCAGGACGGAUAGCUUUUUACUCAUAAUACGGUGCGCGUAGUUCACUAUGCGCGAUUGUUUAUUUCUCUCGGAAAACGCGUUUUCGUUUUUAAUGGGAAUUCUCCAAAUCCCGCCAAUCGGUGCCGCCGCCGCCGCCGCAGCUACUACACUAGAGAGAGAAAAAAAAAUAUUCCUAGAAAACGGUACACUGGCCAAAGAUAAACGUGACCUAGCGGCUUAGUACACCGCGGCUUAGUUUGUGCGAAUUCAGCUGCCCCGGUCGCACAUUACCAGAUGUACACACAUUUUUAAUAGAAAUCAUUUCGAGAAAACGAUAUUUUAAAAUUUUUCAGAUGACGUCACGCACCCGUGUGCCGUCUCCGUCUUACCAACAACACACACGAGUUGGCAGGAUACAUUAUACGUUACUUAGAAAAUAUAUUAUACGGAUUGUAUGCGCGUUUAGGUUGAAAUUAGAAUUUGAAACGCAAAUAACAAGAAGAAUAUUACUCGAGGGUUGCGCUUUCUUUCUGAAAAAAAUCCCGUACAAAACAGCUGUCGUAGUCAGCCGCGUUAGUUUUUGUUUUCUAUUUUUUUUUUCCAGUAACUUAAAUCGUUUGUUCAAUAAAAGAGCCACGUAUGAAGCCCUCGUCCAUACGGGACGAAUUCUCGACAUCUCGCCGUUCGCGUUUAAACUCUAAUUGUAACCCGAACGCCGCAACAAUACUCGUAUUGUGUUUUAACCAUUUUAAGUAACGUAAUUUCACUACGAUAAAAUACGUUGCCCGUUGGUCGGACCGAGACGGUAAUUAAUGCGGGCAUCGCGACCGUCCCGGGUCGCGGUACACCGCGGUCCUCGCGCCUGUAACACAAUAAAUAAAUAUGACAAUAAAUAAUACGUGUAGCGUUAUACACGAUUAAUGUAUAAUAUGGCGCGCGUACCUAUAUAAUAUGUAAUAAUUCUAAGGAUAAGGAAAAAAAAUAAAAUAAAAAAAUGCGCCGUUUUCAACGAAAAUAUUCGCAGAUGGGUUUAUCGACCGACGAGGUGGGACUCGUGUUUCUGUUCUGUUCGAUACUGUACGGGUUGUCCAGUCCGUUUUGGGGUUACAUGGCCGACAAAUACAACAACCAUUGGUCAAUGAUGGCCGUAGGACUGAUCGCGUCGGCGAUCGGGCUGUUCAUAUUGGCUCCGCUGUCCUGGUUACCGGUGAAUAAAGAGUAAGUGCAUCGCAAAAAACCAAUAUGUCAUAAAUUUAUAAUUAUACGACCGUAAUACGUGUACAGAGUGUGUGUGAGAGAGAGAGAGAGAGAGGGAGAGCGCUCGGAUUUCAAUGCGAGUUGUUCACUGGCGCGGUCAGCUAUCGUUUUAUAACGAUAACGACGACACCGACGGACGGUCGAGGAUUUUUUUAAAUCCGCAAACUGUUUGUUUUGCAUAAUAUAAUUGCGUGUUCGAUAAUUUCGAGCGUGCGCCUACACUACACGCCCAUACACGCGUGGUAUACAGCUGGUAUCGCGUAUCUGCCGCGCGAUUUUUAUGCACAAUCUCCCGCACUCGGUUGCACAAUACACAAAUACAAGAAACCCGUCAACACGGAACACAUUUACCAUCAUACAAUAAUAAUAAUAAUAAUAUCCGUACAGAACGCCCGUGGCCGCGAUAAGUGGCUCCGUCACUGCGGAAUCGAAUUUUCCCCCAACCGACUUGGCAUCGUUACAACAAUUCAUUAGUUUUUGUUUUUUUUUUUUUUCAAAUUACAUAGGUCUAAAAUAUAGUUAUGGCUGCCAGAAUCGCAUUACGUUUUAUAGUAUGCGUAUUGGGGUAGAUAUUUGAAACCCGGUAUUGCAUGCGAAAUCAUAAAAUUUGAGCAUAAAAAUAGUUAGGGAGGGGUUCGAAACCCCCAAAGGGCACAUCCUCGGGCAAUUAUACCGUUCGGCAAACAUAAAGCGGUCGGGUUUGUUUGGAUGAGGGUCUGUAUGGGCGUCCGAAAAUACACAAUAGCGCAAAAUUCGACUGCCCGGGCAACAAUUUAAUUUUCUUAGAAUCUUUAGGCAACAUUAUUUGUUUAAUAACAGUUUUUAGAGAAUAUUCGAAUUAGUCAACAAUAAUGUUACCGAAAUGUUUUUCGUGGUGAUUUUUCGGCCACUGUUUUUUAAAUAUUCUCGAAAUAUUUAAAUUACAACGUGAAAAAAUAUCAAUUACCGAGCGUUCGCGAGACUUCAUCACUGACCUGCCCGUAUAAUAAGAUACGUUGUUUUAAUUUAUUUUAAUAAAUAAUUUAGUAGAGUUCAAACAAGAGUAACGAUGUAUAAUUUGUUUCGAUUUUGAACGCACGAAUUUUCGGUGCGUGUACGUAUUUAACGUCCAAGCUUUAAUUGCGACGUCCUUCGGUUUUGUUAUUGUUGUUUUUAAUAGUUUCUGUUUUUGAUUCGAUCUGCAGACUGCCGUGUAGCGAGUCGUCGGAUCGAUAAAUUGCAAUCAACGCGAAUAAUUUAAAUUUAAAUUUGUCGAGCGAAAUAACGGUCCUAAAAACAGCAACGCUCUUUCUGUGUUUAAUUAUUAUUGUUAUUUUUUCUUUUUUUCAAUUAAUAUAACAAUUGACCGUCUUGCAGACAAUAUAUAUUAUGUAGAGAAUCAUAAAUAGCUGUUGUUCGAUCGAAUAUUAAAUCGAUGUAUUAAUUGACAGCCGUGACCUUACAGAACCUACCUUAUGCCAUUGAGUAUCACAUUGAUUUUUUUUUUUUAUUUAUAAUAAUUUGUUGCACAAUUUAUUACAAUUGCGAUUUUACAAAAAGGGUAAGUGAAGGGAAUAUUUACCUUACCCCGCACAAAAUGUCUGGCUACGUCACUACACGUUAUACGAACGAAUGACCUUAACGAUAAAUUUAAUAUAAUGUCCUCGUAGAAAAUUAAAAAUAAUAAUAUCAUAAUAAAAGAACGCAUUUGUAUGCAUUUAAAUCCACGAAAAAGCGCUUAUAAACGUCAAAAAAGCACUUAUACAAUAUUUAUUUAAAAGCAAAAUUGAUAGAGGGGUUUUAAAAGUUUCUUUUCAAAUGGCUAUAACGAAUAAUUAAAAACUAACUAACACUUUUAAAAAUGAUUAACACAACGUAAUUUUUUGAACAAUAUAUACGUAAAAAUCUAUUUAAAACAAAUCGCUUUGUGUUAAUCAUUUUUUUAAAGUUAGAAAAUCGUAUUUAAUAAGUUUUUUGCCGUUAAAACCCCAUUGCCAUUCUCGCUUUUUUUUUUCAUGUCUCGCUCUUUAUGGGUCUUUUAAAACGUUUUUAAGCGCUUUUUCGCUGAUUUUAAUUGCAUAUACAUCCGUUUCCUGAUCAUAAUUGAUGUUUGUAAAUAGUGCGGCUACGGCGGCGUUAAAAUAUCAUUACUCUGGCCAUAGAAUAUUAAUUAUUCGGGUAAUUUAUUUUACACAAUUAUUAAUUAACUAAUAUUAUUAUUAUUAUUUUAGUGUUCUGUGGUUGAAUCUGGUGGGACUUGGAAUUCUGGGCCUGUCCGCAUCGUUGACCAUGAUGCCGGCAUUCAAUUUCAUUUUGUCGAGUGCGAUGUAAGUCAAUUAUUUGCACAGUUUGCAGUAAUCAAAUAAAAUGAAUCGAUUUAAUUUGUCGAGGACGUUUAUUAUAUUUGUAUUUGAUGUUAUUUUUUUUUUAAUUUUACCCCCAGAGAUAACGGAUUUCAAGAAAGCAUCUCUACGUUCGGCACGGUCGCCGGAUUUUGGUCGUCGGCUUAUUCACUCGGGUAUAUUAUUUUUAUUACAGUCGUCGAAAAUUCGUAAUCAAAAACAUAUAUCCACGCGUACCCUCUUCUCCCUCCCUCGUCGGUGGCUUGAAAAUACAAAAGCUACGUUUAUUAUAGUUGAUAUUUGUUUACUAUAUAUAUGUAGGUGCCUAAGAUUAAGUUUCGAAACCUAUUUUAUUAUAUACAUGUAUACACCUUGGGUUCCGUGAAAAAUUGAAAGAAAUCGAUUUUGUAUAUUUUUCAACACAAGCAAAUUACAUUUUGAUAAUAACUUAACGGCACAAUGCCAUAAUAAUAGUUAAACAGCAAUAAAUUAUUAUUCAAUGCCCGUACCCCUAAAUGCAGACGUUAUAAAUGGUUCAAAUCAAAUAAUUACACAACUAGUGCCUUUUUUUUUUCAAACAAAAAGUGCAUCAUAAUAAAAUUCACCACUAUCCAAGUAUAAAAAAAAAAAUAAGCCCUUCUUCCCUGAAACUAAAAAUAUACAUCACAGACGAUGUAUACAAGCAUGAAAAAUUCGACAUAUCGAAUACAAAUUAAUUUUUUGGAGAUUUAUAAUUCCGUUUUACUGUCCAGUUAGGUAUAUUCGUAUAUAGUAUAAAAUUUAUUUACGAUUAUUAUAUUUGAAUACACCCCUUCUCCUGUUGGAAAUUCUCGGGCACGCCACUGAGUACCUAUACGUUUUUAACCGUUUGAAAUGGAAAACACUGUUUUCGUUAAUUUUUAUUUUUUUCUAGAAGUACCACAUUUUUCAUCAGUACGUAUAAUUAACGCCUGUGUAUGUUAACUUACAAUAAUAUUAUUCAAUCGUUUCAGCGAUAUGACCGGUCCAUCGUUGGGAGGCGUUCUUUUACAACAUUUUGGGUUUUCAGUGUGCAUGACUACAAUGGGCGUGUUGUGUUUAGUAGUGGUAAGUAUAAUAAUAUCAUUGAUUUCUGAUUCAAUCGAUAUGAUUAAAUAAUUAAUAAAUAUGAUCGAUUCAUAUUAUUAUCAAUAUUCAAUGAUAAUAUUCUAUACAUUUACUAAAUAAAUCAAGGUUAUACGAAAUUGAUCUUUCGAAAAGUUCUUUCACCACAUUAUAAUAAUGUUCAGAAUACGUUAAUAAAUCAAUAACGACUUCUUUUUUUAUUAAACCCCCGCGCUAUUUUGUAUAUUUCAAUCAGAUUAUUAAUUUUAAUUUAACGAAAGUGUGUUUAGAGUUUGUCGAAACUUUAAAGUUUGUAUUUAGUUUUCAGUGGAUAUCAAGAGAACCUAAUAAAUUAUAUUAUCUUGAUGUUUAAUACGAAAAAUAACCGAGACAAUAUUAUAAUGCAUCGGUGUCAGGGAAAAAAGGCAUAAGCUUUAUUCUCGAGUGUUCGAGAUGAACGAUAUUGAAAGUUUAAAAAAUAAAAAAAAUCCCGUAAGCCCUUUUGAUCAUUCUCAAUCAGUUUUGGUCUGCAGUUUUUCAUCUGCAUAGUUUUCUAUAAACCAUUACGCGAUAUCGAUAAAAACAACUCUAAUCAGUUUACACUUUCAUUAUACAUAUUAUGCCUAACGAAAACAUAUGGUCAAACGUAAAAUACGGCCUGUAUUCUGUAUAUUAUCGCGUUUAUAACACACAACAGUCACAUACAAUUUCUCUAUAGAAAAUUUUACUCGAAAUUUCUUUCUUUGGCGCCAAAAUAAUUAACUGUACUCAAGGCUGUGCCAAGGGGGAUGCGAGAGGUGCUUACGCAUCAUCAAGCGCUUUUUUUUUUAUUUUACUAUCGACUCACCGUGUGUCGAUUUCGCUAGAACGACAUGUUUAACUCACUAAACAAAGCUAUAAUAAUAACCGUAUUAAUUUAAUUGUAGCCGUGGCAACUUGCGAAAAUAUUUCCUUCACUACUUUGACGUAUAUUUUGAAAACUACAAGGGUAUACUGGUAUUGUUACUAUAAAGGAAAAUUAAUAUUAAAAUAAUAAAUAGGUAUACUGUAAGAAACAGAUAACGAGGUGCCUACGAUAUUAUUUUUGCAAUUUUAGACUUCAGUUGUCAAUUUUAACAAAACCAAAUGAUGAUAAAUUUUUUUUUUGAAAAUUUAAAAUUAUUUAGUUGGUUUGUAUACAAAUUAUUCUGAAAUCGAUUAACACUAUAUUAUUUUGACCGUCGCGCUAAUAACAAAACAAAUGAAAAACGUACGAUGGAUUCUUAUAAUAAUAGGUAUACAAUGUUAUAAUUAUUAGUUGUAUUAAUUGUAUUAUUAUGCUUUCAGGGUAUCAUUACAAUUGGGUUUUUUGGUCUUAUAAAAAAAAAAAAAAAACGUCCCCGGACGAUGUCGGACAAAUGCCCCUUGAACGAUCCGAAAAUCGCGCAUCCGCGAUAUAAUUCGGUGAACGACGACCGGAGCGGAUCAAUGAUAGUAUCUAACUAUACGUUCAAAACCGAAACCACUGAGGUUUAAACUGUAAAUCUGUAAGUAUUCAAACAAAUUUAAAUAUAGUCACAGUGGUUAAAGUUCGAAAAACUUCUAAGACAGUCUAUUUUAGAGGUUUUUCCCUGUUUUAUACGCAGUCUCUCAGAGACUUUAUAUAUACCGAAAAUUUAGAGUCGUUCUCGUAGACUGACUUAAUUUUUUGAAAACCUAUUAUGGAAAAAAACACUUUCAAAAUGCUUUUCUCUCACACAAGAAAAAUAUUAUACUUAUAGGAUUUAAAAAAAUAAACUGCACCCCCCUCCCUUAAAUAUCAUCCCACGCGUUUGUAUGCGCAGUAAAGAAAAAAAAAAAAAAAAAACAGAAUCAUGAUUUCGUAUUAUCUAGUAUAGGUAUUAAAGAAUUUAUUGUCAAUAAAACUAAUUCGAGUUUUCAAAAUGUCCCAGUGACAAUAACUAAAGUCGGCGAAGAACGAUUGCGCAAAAUUUUCCAUCGAAAUUGCGCAAAAUUGUAUACAUAUAUACGGUUCUGCGUGAUUUCAAAUGCAACGUUUCCGCGUAUAAAUAAAUAUAUUAUUACAAACCGCGUUCUGUGUACUCGAACCUAAAACAAAAUAUUUUGAAAUUACAACAGUAUUUGUAAAAAUUUCAUAAGACAUACGAUUACAGCAUUAUCGACUUAAGGCACUAAUGCGUCCCCCGGACAUAGGAGAUUUAAACUAGGGGGAACUGAUAAGAACACUCCAUAAGGGGAAUCCAUUAUCCUCCACUUCACCACCUCCCGCACACGCACACAUUAACCACUGAAUAUACCUAAUGGCUAAUACACCUAUUGGAAUAAUAAACUAUUGUUAAUAACGUUGUUUCGCAGGUAAACCGCGAUCUAAUUUUGCCGAAAGAACCGUUUAGUGACUUUGCGGUCCAUUUACACAAAAUAUUAUUUUCCGGUGACAGAAGAAUUUUUAUCAAUCAUUAACAUUAUAUAAUAAUCGGUAGCUAAACCUUAUAUAGAAACAUUUUAAUUUUAUUAUUCCGUUUAGUUUUAGUAAUAACUUUUAACCAUUAACACUUUAGUUGAUAAAUUAUUUUACAUCUAAUAAUUAUAUAACACGUUUUUAUUUUCAAAAUAUAUCACCUUAAUAUGUUAUAAU